AUGGACAGCUUGUAUUUGUUUAUAAGUUCUGUGUUUGCUCACAUGUUGCCAACUGAAUAGAUUCUUGGGUUGUAUCUAUAUGACAGUCUUUUCUUUCCCUCUCCCCAGAGGCCCAAAGAACUACACAAGGGAUCUUGCUGGGUUUAAUGCUCUCUAAAGAUAUCUCAGCAUAUCACCUGUGUCUUGCAUCACAAUGAUCUAAUGUCAGUUUGCAGUAUGAAUACAUCCAUUGUGAUGUCACACAUUGAACAGCAUCGCAGGAGGUCUGAUUAAGUGCAAGGAGACCACUGUAGCAGGUGAGAAGGAAAGUGCUUCUCAGGCCAUUUGGGCUCAGGAACUGUUGUCUUCCAUAGGUCUGCUGGUCUUCUGUUAUUCUUCAGGAGCUAUGUUUACAACCUCAAAGUCCUAUCAACCCUGACUUAGAUGAGAUUUGUGGCCAUCAGGUCAACAAAGAUUCAGCAUGGUAGGUAACAUUUUAUUGACCAUGUCCCCCACCCCCCCAGACCUUCAUACCCAACCAUAAAGAGGCAGAUUCUUGUUUCUUUGUUAAGUCAGGAAACAGAAAAGUAGUGGCUACAUAGCUCUAUUAAUGAAUUUGUUUAAAGCUCAGAAAAAAGUAACCCUGUGUGCGUGCAUUUAAAAGGUGAUUUAGUAUCAAGCCAUUUCCAUGGUUGGCAGCCAUAGUGGUGAUUGCUGAAUGCGUAAGUCAGGCACUUAAAGAUCUUAUGUUACAGGUUGGAACCACAAGAGGUUUUGAUUUAUUUAAUAACACAAAGGAAAAGAUCAGACGAGCAGAGAUAAACAGGCACGCAUGUUUUUUAUUAUUUCUGCCCUCCAGAAUUAAAUUUAUUAUUUCCAAUCAACAGCAACAGUUGGUUUUUAUUCCCUUUCAUAUUCCUGUAGCCUCCAAAAAUAACAUAGCUAAGCCAUGCUGACACAUAGUUUAAAUAAACAGUGCUAUUGAAGAUUUUUUCCUUUAAAAAACAAAACAAGAAAACGAGCAGCUGAAAAUGUUACAGUACCUGUCAACCUGAAUUUUAUCUUUAGUUAUAUUAUAGUUUUACUUUAAAUUACGAUAAUUGUGUUUUAUGUUCACUUUAAAUGUUCACACUUCAUUUAAUUAUUAUUAUUUAAUACUUGUUAUGUAACUGUGUUUGUAAUCAGAAUGCCUACUAUAACAGCCAAAUGGUUUUAAAAAGAUUUGAUAAUAUGGUAAGUUGAACUUAAACCUUUUGUCCUAGUAAACUCUUGUAUGUUGAUGUUUCCCUAUGAAGCCACAAGACCGUAGGAGAAAUUUGUCAAUGGACAGAUACCAACCAUACAUGUAGUUGUCGCUUUGUUGAUGGAAUAUAAUUAAGAUUUCUUAAUGAUUUGCACAGCUGGGGUACUGGGUCAUGUAUCUCUGAGUCCUCUUGGUUCUUUCCAAGCUGCUUUUCAUACUGUGACAGGAGAAUGAAUAUUAUGGGCCUCUUCAGAAAAACCCUACAUUCAUUCAGUGAAUGCCCUUGCCCUGAUGUAUGUGCAGCCAAUGGCAUCUGUACAGAGACCCAGUGUGGUGCAGUGAUUAGAGUGUUGGACUAGGACAUGGGAGAACGGCGUUCAAAUCCCUACUUGGCUAUGAAGCUCACUGAGUGACCUUGGGUUUCUCAGCCUGACCUACCUCACAGGGUUGUUGUGUGGAAGAAAUGAAGAGCGAGAAAACCAGGCACGCCAUCUUGAGCUCCUUCGAGAAAGAGGCAGAAUAUAAAUGCAAAUAAAUAGACUACAGGCGCAAAAGGGGAUGGGAAUCUGGCAAAGUGAUCUGUGCAAGGGGAUCACAUGGGUGGACCCCAUGUGAGGUCGAUUUCCCUACUAAGUACAGUGGUACCUCGGGUUACAGACGCUUCAGGUUACAGACGCUUCAGGUUACAGACUCCGCUAACCCAGAAAUAGUACCUCGGGUUAAGAACUUUGCUUCAGGAUGAGAACAGAAAUUGUGCAGCGGCAGUGGGAGGCCCCAUUAGCUAAAGUGGUACCUAAGGUUAAGAACAGUUUCAGGUUAGGAACGGACCUCCAGAAAGAAUUAAGUUCUUAACCCGAGGUACCACUGUACAGAAGUUAGUCUACCAAGUACCACCCAUUGUCAGGAAAGAUAUGAGCUGCGUCUUUGGCCUCUUCCCUCUUGUGCUUUGACUGAGCCAGGAGAAGAAUAUAAUAGUCACCCAAAACUUUGCCCCCAAACUGUUGUACUGUAGAAGGCAGAAUGCCCCAAGCCCUCCACUGAUUUUUGCUUUUCCUUCAGGAAUCGUGUUGGUAUAUCCAUUUCAUAUGUUAUCUGAAAUAUACUCAGAGUUGAGAGUGGAUUUCAUGCUCUUUAUUCAGCUCAUAGUGGUGAGGAGGAAUGAAAGUUCCCCCAAAGUAUCUGCUUUAUAUACAUUAUUUACACAAUGGGCUGCACGUGAUUGGCUCAUUCUGGGAUUCUCCUGUAGGCCAAUCAGGUUGUGAAUUCACUUCCAUCUGGAGCUGGAUUGGAUGGCUCCUGCAGACCAAUCAGACUGCUGCAUUCUGAAUCCUAUUGUUCUAGGACCAAUCAGACUGCUGCAUUUUGCAUCCUAUUGUUCUAGGCCCAAUCAGACUGCUGCAUUUUGGAUCCUAUUCAACUCAGUACAUAACACUAUCUGUAUGCAAUGAGCAGGGUAUACAGCAGGAGCUGGAAACGUGCAGUCUUCCAAACCUUUUGGGACUCCAACUCCCAUCAGCCCCAGUCAGCAUAGCCAAUGGCCAUGGGUGAUCAAUGGAGGCCAGCGACAUCUGGAGAGCUAGAAGUUCCCCAUCCCUGUUGCAAGGGCUAGUCACAGCAUCUCCCUUCCUACUCCUACACAUUCCCAAAACCAAGAAUCAUCUCGUGGGCAUGCUGAGAAUCAGAGGGCGGCUUGGCGUACCUGUAUCUGAUGCAUGAGACCACAAAUCCUUCCCUCACUGCGGCUCUCUUGAGGGGAGGUGAUUUGUGGGGGCAUUCUCAGCAACAAAUAUAGUAGCAUGAAAAUUGAGCGCUGGACUGUCAGACGUCCUGCGGUUAGAUGUUUCAUACACGCAGCCGUUCUUGCUAAUGUCAGUGGGCGGAAAUAAAGGAGAACUCCAGCCUCAAGCAUUUUCAUCUCUCCCCCCCCCCCUUUUCUGGCUUGGCCCUAGUACAGAGCUAGAGUUGUGAAAGCAAGGGGCAGAGCAAGAUCACAUUUUACAUUGCCAUGCUGUGGUUCGUGCACUGGAAGGACUAGCGAGUGGGUGUUAAGACAACUGGGAGCUAUAAAGAAUGCUAUUCUGGCUGAUCCAGGGAAGCAGGCUGAAACGUUUUGGUCAUGUUGAGAAGGCGACUAGCUGAAGAAAGCAUUUUGUGCUGGCAGGAUAUCAGGCAAGGGACCCUUUCAUGUAGAGAAGGAGCAGCUCCGAACAGACAUGUCCUCCAGGUCUUUUAAAGCUGCUGGAAAGGAUCAAAUUUUUUGCUUUUGGUAACAAGUGAGGGACUCUGCCUGCCCCCGCUCUGCCUGCCCCCACUGCUGGUUUUGCUCUCUUCGUUUCAUUGUCUUUCUAGCCUGCCCUGUCUCCAGUGAGUUCAAUUUAAAAUUAAUGCAAAAAGUAUCCAACAAAAUUUGACGGAGCUAAACCAUAUGUUUAACAAAACACAUCAACCUCACACUCAUCCCAAGGCCAACCAAGUAUGGCCACACCAGCACCCCUUGUGUUCUUUCUCAUCGUUUGAGGUAGAGCCCCUAUCUUCAAACAUCCUGUAUAUAUGCAAGGAGGUGAUCACCCUGUGUCUGGGUCAUAGCAUCUUUGGACUGAAGAUGGAGGCUCACAGGAGUUAGUGCUCCUCCGCAGAAAUAUAAGAAAUGAAUUCUUUACACAUAGACAAUGAGCAUGCCAAGGAGAGGGAAGGGCUAGAACUUUCAGAGGUAGUUUCCCAAGGUGAGAUUAUGUUUUUUACGGAAGAGCAAUGAAUUGCACCAGUCCCCCACCCCUUGCCCAGAUACAGGUUGCCCAACUCAUGGAGACUUAGGGUGAGUUCACAUGACCACCUUAAAGAGCAGAGGAGUUAUUUCUACUCCCUCCAGCUGUUCACAUCUGCACAGCUUCAAUUGAUUUUGGUCUGUGCACACAGCAGAGGGUGUUGACCUGACAGGGAUUAUCUCAACCCUAUGCAAAGGCCAUGUGGCUAAGGACAAAUUAGGAACUACAGUGGUACCUCCAGUUACAUACGCUUCAGGUUACAUACGCUUCAGGUUACAGACUCCGCUAACCCAGAAAUAGUACCUCGGGUUAAGAACUUUGCUUCAGGAUGAGAACAGAAAUCAUGCUCCGGCGGUGCGGUGGCAGCAGGAGGCCCCAUUAGCUAAAGUGGUGCUUCAGGUUAAGAACAGUUUCAGGUUAAGAACGGACCUCCGGAACGAAUUAAGUACUUAACCCAAGGUACCACUGUACAGUCUGUGUGAAGCUAGUUUGAGAAACAAUGCAUCGGACAGUGCUAUAUUGUAACAAAAGGAUACACACACAUUUUGGGUAAUGUCAUGUGGACUCUUUAAAAACUCAGCGGCGUAUGCCUGCUCAGUCUGCUGUUGAUGGGCGACUUCUUGCUUAUCUUUCCACUGGACUUGGACCUGGCAGUUCUUCAAACAGAGGUCUGUCUUCUGUUAAGUAGGACAUAUGGCCAUUGUAGACAGCUGUGCUGCUUAGAACACUACAUUGUCGUAGCUACUUGUGAGCAAAUGACUUAAUGAGCUGAUGCAGCAAUGCCCUUCACAGGGCCUGUCCAAACAUUUGAGGGGGCGACUGUGGAAAGUUUGCAUUAGAGAAAGGCAACUGACCUUAAUCGCUCGGCAAAGGAACCCAGAAAUACAGUGCAUAUCACAAAUAGGUCUUGAGAUGAAGUGGGGGUUGUAGCAGGGACAUCCCUCUCUUUCUCUCUCUGACACACGCAAGCAGCAGACAGACAUUAUGGCCUCUUUUUCCAAGACGCACCCUCUUUUUCAUGGGUAGAGUCGUCAUAGCGAUCCAUAGUUAAAAGUAGAAGUUGGAAAAUGUGUCCUCUUCAGAAUAUGGCAACCGUAUAUGACCAAUUUUUUGAUAUAGUCAUUUGAUUCUACCUCUUACAAGUACUAUGGUCACCACAAUAGCUGUCGUAAUGUAUUCCAGAACAAAGAACAAAAAUUGACGGGAAUAAUUUUCUUCAUAGAAUCAUUGCCAGGGUGGGAAAUAAAUGUAAUAAAUGGGUAAUGAAAUCCCCGGUAAUUAGAAUCAUAGAAUCAUAGAGUUGGAAGAGACCACAAGGGCCAUCGAGUCCAACCCCCUGCCAAGCAGGAAACACCAUCAGAGCACUCCUGACAUAUGGUUGUCAAGCCUCUGCUUAAAGACCUCCAAAGAAGGAGACUCCACCACACUCCUUGGCAGCAAAUUCCACUGUCGAACAGCUCUCACUGUCAGGAAGUUCUUCCUAAUGUUUAGGUGGAAUCUUCUUUCUUGUAGUUUGGAUCCAUUGCUCCGUGUCCGCUUCUCUGGAGCAGCAGAAAACAACCUUUCUCCCUCCUCUAUGUGACAUCCUUUUAUAUAUUUGAACAUGGCUAUCAUAUCACCCCUUAACCUCCUCUUCUCCAGGCUAAACAUGCCCAGCUCCCUUAGCCGUUCCUCAUGAGGCAUCGUUUCCAGGCCUUUGACCAUUUUGGUUGCCCUCCUCUGGACACGUUCCAGUUUGUCAGUGUCCUUCUUGAACUGUGGUGCCCAGAACUGGACACAGUACUCCAGGUGAGGUCUGACCAGAGCAGAAUACAGUGGCACUAUUACUUCCCUUGAUCUAGAUGCUAUACUCCUAUUGAUGCAGCCCAGAAUUGCAUUGGCUUUUUUAGCUGCCGCAUUACACUGUUGGCUCAUGUCAAGUUUGUGGUCAACCAAGACUCCUAGAUCCUUUUCACAUGUACUGCUCUCAAGCCAGGUGUCACCCAUCUUAUAUUUGUGCCUCUCAUUUUUUUUGCCCAAGUGCAAUACUUUACAUUUCUCCCUGUUAAAAUUCAUCUUGUUUGUUUUGGCCCAGUUCUCUAAUCUGUCAAGGUCGUUUUGAAGUGUGAUCCUGUCCUCUGGGGUGUUAGCCACCCCUCCCAGUUUGGUGUCAUCUGCAAAUUUGAUCAGGAUGCCCUUGAGUCCAUCAUCCAAGUCGUUGAUAAAGAUGUUGAAUAAGACCGGGCCCAAGACAGAACCCUGUGGCACCCCACUAGUCACUCUUCUCCAGGAUGAAGAGGAACCAUUGAUGAGCACCCUUUGGGUUCGGUCAGUCAGCCAGUUACAAAUCCACUGAGUGGUAGCAUAGUCAAGACCGCAUUUUACCAGCUUCUUUACAAGAAUAUCAUGGGGCACCUUGUCAAAUGCCUUGCUGAAAUCAAGGUAGGCUACAUCCACUGCAUUCCCUUCAUCUAGCAGGCUUGUAAUUCUGUCAAAAACGAGAUCAGGUUAGUCUGACAUGACUUAUUUUUCAGAAAUCCAUGCUGACUAUUGGUGAUCACAGCAUUCCUUUCUAGGUGCUCACAGACUGUUUGCUUAAUGAUCUGCUCCAGAAUCUUCCCUGGUAUUGAUGUCAGACUGACUGGGCGGUAAUUAUUUGGGUCCUCUCUUUCCCCCUUUUUGAAAAUAGGGACAACAUUUGCCCUCCUCCAGUCUGCCGGGACGUCGCCUGUUCUCCAGGAAUUCUCAAAGAUGUAGACCCCUAAUGUAGACCCCUAAAAUAAGACACUAUGGAGCCAUACUGUCACUUCCUUGGCCAAAUGCUGAGGGUGAUCUUGAUAAGCUGUAUUUGCUAAGGGUUCCUGGAACUGAAGCUCUGUGCCGGGUAAACCAUGGUUCCUAGGAAUCCUUAGGGUGGGAUGUGCUUUAAAUGUAUGUUGUGUGUGCAGCUAAAGCAAGAAAUAGUCAAAGAAGAUAAUGCUGUAAGAAUAAAUGACUUCACCUACCCUCACAUUGGCUUCACACACACACACACACACACACACACACACACACACACACACUCCAGCCCUGCCUAGUGGUAUUAUAUCCAUAUAGCAUUAUUGGUUGUUAGGCUGUGGCUGAGAGAGAAGCAUAAAACAAACUUGCACUGUGCUCUCUACUGCUGUUAUCACCAUGCUGGAGGUUGAGGAGGGUCAGGUGAGUGGGGGGCGGGGAGUGAGAAAUGUCCCUAUUUUCACCUGAGGAAUGUUGGAUGGUAUGACAAGUUUAUCCAGUGACUUUCCCUUCUUUUGAAAAAGGAAGGAGUAAUUGGCAAAAAUGUAUAAAUCAAAAUCAAAUAAGUGUUGGAAGUGCAAAGAGAAAGAAGGUACUUUCUAUCACAUGUGGUGGUCUUGUAAGGUUAAAGCUUACUGGGAGAUGAUAUAUAAUGAAUUGAAAAAGAUAUUUAAAAUAACAUUUGUAAAAAACAACAACCCAGAAGCUUUCCUUUGGGAAUUAUAGGGGUAGAAUUACCUAAACAAUAUAGAAAUUUAUUCACGUAUGUGACUACAGCGGCAAGAAUGUUAUUUGCCCCAAAAUGGGAAGAAGUCCCGACGAGAGAAGAAUGGAUACAAAGACUUAUGGACUAUGCAGAAAUGGCGAAACUUACCAGAAGAAUAAGAAAUCAAGAUAACAAAGGUUUUUUUAUAUAAAAGAAUGGAAAUGGUUUAUUGAAUAUUUAUAAACAAAUUGUAAACAGAUAAGGAUAUUCUAAUAACCUGCUGUUUCAUAAGAGUAUAUAAUUAAAGUAGAUGAAUAAAAGAAUAAGUUAAGGUAAUUUAGAAUAUGCUGGAAAUGAUAAAAAAUAAAUUUAAGGAACCACAGAAAGAGGAGGAAGUCGAGUUUUGAAAUGUUAAAAUGACUGUAAAACUAUUGAAAUGUAUAUAACUGAAAAUCAUAAAUAAAAAUAAAAAAGGAAAAGGAAGGAAUGUUUGUUCCAGAGCCUGCUCAAAAAUAUAUAUAUUCAGGAAAGGCCUGCUGCUCUCACACAGGCAUGCUUUGUGCGGAUGCACGACAGGGCCUUCUCAGUGGUGGCUGCUCCCAGACUCUGGAACUCCAGAGUUCCAACAGGUUUUGGGGAACUGGCUGCUUUUAUGACAGUAAUUAUUUGUAUGUUUUAAAACAGAUUUUAUACAGUAUGUGUAAGGAAAACACUGGGGCCUAAUUUGAAUAGAAUGUUUGGCAUUUGGUGGGUGGGACUUGUGUGUUUUGCCCCGGAAUCAGCCUCUCCCUUCAGUGUGUGUUCUGUUAUGUUCAUUUGAGAAUGUCAUUUAAGAGGGACCAACUGCCUCUUGUUUCUUGCCUCAUGUUAUUGUAUUUAGUUUCUCCCAUUAUGUUAUUUUGUCACCGUUUUCUUCAUUAUUUAUAUUAUUAAUUGAAUAUAUAUACCAUCCUAUACCCAAAGGUUUCAGGGCGGUUCACAGAACAGUAUCAAAAUAUAAAACCACAAAAUAUAUAAUCAACAUGAAAAACAACCUAAUAACCCCCCCCCAAAAAAUAAAACCCCACAUUUUAAAAGGGCAUAUGAUUAAAGCUUAAGUUUACAUUUACGUGAGCCAUUUAUUUUCUCAAAGUAAAAGAAACUCAGCUGAAAUGGAAUAUCCUAAACUUGGGUGAGUGAGGAGAUAUUCCCAGUUUGCCAGGAUUGAUUUUGUUAAUCACACAGCCCCCACUUCACAACAGUAUGUGUAUAGUUUUUAAUUGUUUUUAAAUCGUGGGGUUUUUUUCCUUUAAAAAAAGUGAUUCUUGUUUUCAUCUUCAAGCAGCCUUGAGUCCUGUCGGGGGGGGGGGUUGGAAAGGCGAGAUAUAAAUAAAUAAAUAUAUAUAUAUAUAUAAAAAGAUGCUCACUACCAUCCUGUUAAACUAACGUCGAUUUCUCUCCAGCAGCACUUCCGCCACUCUCGGCCCCGCAUAUGGUGGAGGCAAUGUAGCAGGAACCGGAAGUCAAGGCGACGCCGAAAGAAAGCCUUGCUUGUCGGGCUUUCUCUUCCAACCCCCAACCCCCGCAUCUCUUAGCGUCUCCCCUUCUCGCCGAGACACAAGCGCCAGGCUGACGACAAACAUGCGGCGGCGCGGGUGCGCAUGCGCGCGCCGGGGAAAGAACCGCAAGCCCGCGCUAACGGGCGGGCGGGUGAGUGAGUGAGUGAGUGAGUGAGUGAGAGUGUUCCCAACGGAGCCUCAGGCAGCGCCAGCGUUCCCGCCACGCGCCGACGCAAGGCCGCGCGCGCAUGCGAGAGAGCGACGCUAGGUCCAGCCCGGCUUCGUCGCGCCGGCGGCUGGGUCGCUCGCUCCCCAGUCUCCAGACGCUGACGGAGGAGGGCAGCGCUUGGGGAGCUGGAGGGCGGAGCUUAGCAGGGCGGGCCGGGCCCCGGGGCUGCGCGGUAACCUCGUCCGCGGUGCCUGAGGGGUGGAAGCGAGGCUGGAGCCUUCGAGCCGAGCGCCUUGAACUCAGGGCCUCGCCGGGUCCUCUCCUGACGGACGUGAGGCGCCGAAGCCGCGACUCUCCGGGUCCCAGGCAGGGGCUCCCGUUGCCAUAGCGACGCGUGGAUGAGCCCUUUCCGGCUACAGCCCUCUCAGAGUAGAGAUGGCGGUUGACAUUUCUCCUGCCAUGUGACUGAGGAACUUCCCAGCCCCUCCGAUUUGUGGCCAUUCAUGUGGACCAUCCAUCACCAUCUUGGUCUCUGUUGGCUGCUUAGAGCCCAGCUGCGCCCUACAGCUCUCCUGAGCUUAAGUAAGACCAAGUUGCUUGAGAAGGUUUGCUGGCCUGUGUUGAAGUCGCCUCUGGGUGUGAUGAGAUGGGGAUGGUGCUGCGUUUAUUCCCACCUUUCCCAGUGUGUGCUUUGCUUCAGGCAGGCUUGCUGUGAAGUAAAUGCUACAUACAUGAAGAGAGAGAGAGAGAGAGGGGGGAGACUUAAUGUAAAAAGGAAUAUAUGUAUAAUAUAUGACUUAAUGUAAAAAGGAAUAUCAAGCAAUAAAGCUACCGCUACAUUUGCAAAGCUAAGCAGGCUCUGGUAUGGUUUCAAAUUGGAUGGGAGACUGGGAUUCCUUCGUAGAUGACCUCUGAGGUCCCUUCCAACUCUCUAAUUCUAUGAUUCUAUUCAAUAAAAUAUCCUAUGAUUUUUACAUUAAUAAUGUUCUUCUGCACUUAACUGACCAAUUGUUGCAGUAGGUUUUGAGAUCCUAAAAGGACAUGCUGAAAUAGUUAACAUUCUAAUACUUGGAUUUUGUGGCAGGUGUGGAGUUUCAGAAGGGGAAGGGAGCCCCUCAUUUUGGGGUGACUCAAUUUUAUUUUCAAAUUCAUAGGACACCUGAGUUUUUUAUUUGAGGGAAUCGUGAUGUUCCAUUUGUAAAACAUUCCUAUUAGAAUUAUCAAACUAAGAAGGCAUCUAAAGGUUUUCGGUGGCGGUUUUAAAAACCUAACUGCUUUCUAUAUUUGUUUCUGUUUUUAUUUAAAGGCUAGCUUAUUAGCACAAUAGAAAAGUCAGAUAUGCGAUAUGACUAUAUUGUACAGCGUUGUCACAUAUGUAGGCUACUAUCUGGUGUUUCCUAUAAUUGUUUUUGUACUGAGGGGGGUGGUCAUCCUACAUGGAAUGGUAGUACCUUCACAAAAAUAUACCGCAUGAAAUCUCCAAUGGACAGAAAAAUGCUAUACUGUAUGCUUAUUAAUUUGUUUUCAGGGAGAGUCCUCAGCUGUGUUUUCUCUUGGAUGGAAGUAUGCUGUUCUCCACAGAAGAUGGUAACCUUGAAGUAUGAGCAUGGAAAAGGGGAUAAGCUCAGUAGAAGUUCUACCCUCCAGAUCUUCACAUACCACUGCAGUAGGGGAGAUGGUGAAAGAACACGAAGCAAAGCAAGCUCAGAAAGGGAGACGAGUGGGAUUUGUACUUGUCCAUGCAGGUGAAGGCAUGUGCAGUGUCCCAUAGGAAAUUUGUGUAUAAUAUUUUGGGGGAAGAUGGGGCGUAGAGAAGAAACUGAUAUGCAGGAAUUUGCUCUCAUUCAGGGCUAUGCUUCAUCUCAUUUAAGAUAGGAAGUAUGAUGCAUAUAUCUUUGCACUUCUCAUUUGAGCUGGAGACAUCUCAUUUUAUGUUUAACGUCAUAUUCUUCUGCACUUUCUCAUUUGAAAACAAAAACUGUAUUGGGCCCCUUUUACAUUUGUGGCCCAGUGUGGGAGGCUGCUUCUGCAUGGUGGUGCAGUUUCACACUUUAGCGUUAGGCGUGUGUGUGGGUAUUUCUGAUGCAGCUGGCACUCUGCUUAGAGGCCGGGUGCUGACUGAGUGCUGAAGACCUACAUGCUCAGUCCCUAUUGUUGAGGUUGCACUGUGCACAUGCAUGUCCUUAUACUGCUGGAUUGCACUAGGUGGAGGCAGUUCCCCCACUGAUGGCAGCGUGUAUGAAUGAACUUUUAAUGGGAUGGAUGCUUGUUAGCUCCAGGAAGGAGCUGGGCUGUAUUUUAUAUUGGUGAGGAAAGCUUAGUUCCGUUAACUUUAGAUAAAGUGGGAGGGUCUUACGAAUUGAAUUAAUCCCUUCUCUCGCCUCUUCCCUUCAAAUCUUCCUUGAUAUUAGGUGCAGGGUAUCAUUCUGAAUCCAAAGCCAAAGAAUAUAAGCAUGUGUGCAAAAGAGCAUGUAGGAAGGUAAGAGUUUGCUAGUUUUGGAGCAAGUGUUUAAUCUUUUGGAACAUGUUACUGUAUUUCUUCGUGAAGUACAGAAUUGAAAUGUUACUCUUUUCUCCAUGUAUACACAAGGAUGUCCCCUCCCGUAAAUAUAUAACUUAUAAAUUCAAAAAUGUCAUCUCUCUGAUAGCAACUUUGAACAUUUAAAAUUAAUUUUUAAAUUUAAGAGUUUUCUACACAAUACUUGAGAAAGUCAUCAUCUUGUGCAAGAAAAAAAAUGGAAUGCUUAUGUUACUUGUGUAGUGUUUCAGCUGCUUCAACACCUUGAAAUGCCUUGAUCUUUCUGUUCUUCUUAAUUUUCUCAUUUUGCAAGAUGCUUUUGAUAAACUUUGGAUCUUCACAAAUUGUCUUUUUAUUAGCUCUACAUAGGCUGUAAUCUUACACAUAUGUACAUAGGAGUAAGUCCUGUUGAAGUCAGUGAGACUUACUUCUGAGUAGCCAUGCAUAUGGUUGCACUGUUAACUAUUUUAUUUCCAUUUUUUCUCUUACUACGCUUGGUAUAGUAUCUGACCUAGAUGGCGUUGCACUGACUAAAGAGUAACCAGCUUCCUUGCCUCUUGUAUUUUAACUUCAGCUUUAUCACUAUUUAAUAUGUUUUAAGAGUUUUAAAAUCUCAACCUUAUUUAUAUAGUUACAUAUUUAGAACUUGCUUAGAAACAACCAUAAAAAUAUUUUUCUGAGUUGAAGUGGGAUUUUGUAUUUCUUCUCACUUGGGCUUUCUUGAACCCCUUGGAGGGAAGGAAUUCUCAAAUUGGGGAAUAACAAUUGGGAAUGUCUCCUUGUGUCAUUGUUAGGAACCCAAGCUCAUCAACCUGUAGAAAUCAUGAUAGGAAGUGAGGAAGGCCCAGAGGUAAUCUCUGUCAAUUGGAGCCCUGUUGGAUAAAAAAAUCUUCAGAUUUGUCUUCAGUGUUAUACAGUGGUACCUCUAGAUGUGAACGGGAUCCCUUCCGGAGCCCUGUUCGCAUCUAGAAGCAAACGUAACCAGUGAUGGCACGUCUGCGCACGGGCGCGUUGCUUUUCGCCGCUUCUGUGCAUGUGCGUGACGUCAUUUUGAGCGUCUGCGCAUGCGCAAGCGGCAAAACCCGGAAGUAACACGCUCCAUUACUUCCGGAUUGCCGUGGAGUGCAACUCGAACGCACUCAUCCCGAAGUACAUUCAACCCGAGGUAUGACUGUAGUAAGCCAGUGCAAAUGUUAGAACGUCAAUGGAAGAUGUUCCCUGUAGAUCCUCUCCCCUUCCCAGUCCGUCAGAUGUUUGGGUUGCUUUUAGUUGCUGGGUUUGGAAUUUCACUUCACUCUACUUUCUGGACAGAAAACCAACAAAUGUCUAAUCUGAAAGCAAGCCUUAUAACAUCUUUUUCGCCCACAGUGUGGCAUUAGGUUAAUGCAGUGUGUGUGUGGUGGAAAUCUGUUUCAGAACAGAAGUAUGCUUUCUUUACAAAUCCAUAAUUUGAAAAUUAUUUUCUCAUUAUUGACUGGUUUGUUUCCUAUUUCAUGCAGUGAAACUGGGGGGAAAUUCCAUUUUUAUCUGUGUAAAUGGUAGUGUUGGUAUUUUAAUGUCCUAGUGUUAUCUUAAUAUGGGAAGUACAAUGUAGUCAGAGUUACUGGUAUUAUGUGGUGCCUCAAUUUAAUAAUAGUGAAAUAAGUGUUUAGAUCCUUUAUUUCCCCUCUCAGAGUACUCCAUACACCAGGAAUGGGGAACCCCUAGAUGCUAGUGGUUUGCAGCUCCCAUAUUCCCAGACCAUUGGCCAGGCUGGCUGGUGCUGAUGAAGUCUAGCAACUUUGGAGGACCACAGGUUCCCCAUCCCUGCCCUGCACCCUUCUUGAUUAUAAUUAUGUUUUGUAAUGUCUGUCUCAGGACCAAGUGACUCUUUGGCCUUUUCUGUAUAGAAGAUUUAGUAUGUAAAAAAUAAGAGGCAAAACUUUAUAUCCUAAAAAUUCUGUCUUCUAGGCAAUUGAAAAGCUACAGGCUGGGGCUCUUGUAACAGAUGCAGUGACUGCAGCGCUAGUUGAACUAGAGGUACUUCUAUUUAUUCAGGCAUUCACUCUUUUGGUUGCAGUUUGUUGACCACAUUUUUCUGUUCAGCUGCCCUAUAUUAAAUGCAUUAACUUUGCAACCAAUGCUAGAAGUCUUUCAUAUGUAAAAGGGCAAUUUUAAUAUAAUUAUGAUUUCUCUCCUCAUUUUUCUGUCUGCUUCUGCUUUUUAUUGCUGCAGCUGUCAUUCCUUUUGUGGAAAGGAAGGUGGCUGAGCUUAUCACUCUGGGUGCAUUUCAGCUUUUGUUGUGUUUUUCUUUGGCACUUAGGGUUUGCUUCCUUAAUGCCUGCUUUAAUUGUUGUGGGGAGCCACUAGUAAUUCCUAAUGUGCUUUCAAUAAAGACAUGCAUCUGUUUUCAUAAGAUGAGGGACAAUGCCAUAACAAAACACCACAUUAAUUCCCUAGGUAAGACCUGGAACAACUAAUCUUGCUACCCUAAAGAUGUGGUAUGAUUUAAACAAACAUUUUUUUUAGUUAAAUUUAAAAAGUGCAGUGGAAUAUCACUUAGUAUUUCUGAGGAACUUAAAAAGCAUGAAUAACUAAACGGAUAACAGUACUAGAAUUACAGUUGUCCCAUAGGUCAGGUUAUUGUGUUUGAAAGUGAAAAUGUUCUGAGUCCCUGCGGUUGUGCAGGGUAAUUACAUAGAGAGAAUUAGCUCCUAAUCAAAUGAUUUUGGAUAUCAGUUCCUGGCCACUCAGCUCUGGUUUCGUAGGAGGUAUAGGUACUUCACUGUCUCUUAACUAUGAUUUGAAAUAUUAAGCUAUAAACCUUUAACUAUUAUUAUGAAUAUGCCAUCAAAUGGUUGGCAUGUGCAUGAAAAUUGAUACUGCAGAUGAGAUGGGUUAUUUCUGAAUAGAUGGGUGAAUGCCAGACAGAGCUUUCCUUUCCGAGCCAGCUUUGUCCGCUUUCUUUUCCUUGGUCUCUGCUUUUUCCCUCUCUCUGUCCCUUGGUGGUUCUGCUUCACCUUACCUGCUGUUUUCUAUAUGCUCUUCCUUCCCUUUGGUCUUAUUCAGUGGUAGUCCACCCCUGUGACCAUGUUGGCAAUGGUGGGAAGCAAUCUUAAGUCUUCUCCCAAAUAUAUUUGGAGGCCUAGCAAUAAGCAUUACUACGAGAAUGGCUUUGCCACAACUUCCCCAUAGAAUCCACUUUCUUUAACUUGGUUACCUUUCCUCCCUUGCAUGUCUUUCUCUGCCUUUUAAAUCUUAAUUGGAUGCUGAAGUAUAUCAGUUGGAAUAUGCAUGGUGCCCCACUUUGCCCCUUAGUCCAGCUGUGGGGAACCUUUGGCUCUCCCAGAUGUUGCUGGGGGGAAAACAUAUUUGGAAAGAUCUGGCUUGAGUUCUUUCAAUUCUUGAUAGUUCGUCUUUAUUUUUCAGUUCCAAGGGGAUCUUGGGAACUGUGAAUAAACAAGGGUUUACAACUGGUAGGAGGAAAAUAUUACUUUCCAUUCUGGCUGAGUUAUAAUCAUAUGAGCUCUUAAUGGAGUUGAGUUGGGAAGGAACUUUCCCUCAAUAGCAGAUCAGGGACUUUAUCAAUGUUUCUACCAGUACCUGUAAUACUGAUAGGAAAGUCUCUGAAUGUAGUGGAAUGCAUAAGGAGCUCCUGACUGAGGUUACCUUUUUUAUUUUUAUUCUUAAACCCUUUUUUACAGAGACUUCUACAGAGUAGACUACAAAUCAUCUGAUUUUGUUUGAAUGUGAGAAAGAGGGGGAAAGAUGAUGUGCCUUUUCAGGCAGUUGUCUCCUCCCAUCUGCUCCCCACUCAGUACUGCUGAGUUUACAUAUUGUCGAUUACACAGGAUUCCAGCCAGUCCAAGAGGCAUCACUUCAAAGACUUGUCAAGGAGCAGGAGUUUCUAUUGAUCUUUUAUGAGCUAGUAGACAGUUUGCUUGUGGUAUGCUGGCUGUUUUUUGCUCACUUUCUGUGUAGAAAGAACGCAAGCUCCUUGUGCCAGACGAUGUGACUUCACAGAAAUGCAGCCAGCUGCUCUGUGAACUGGACAUAGCAGUUUGCAUGUUGAGAAGAUAAUCUGCUGUGAUUUAGUUGUCAGUGACCGCUGUAUUUCCUAAUAUUAAGGUGGCUGAUGUUGAUUGCAGGUGCUUGCCAGAUGAGGACAUAAUUAAGUAUUUUUACAUUCCUUUGGUGUGAGCAAAAAGUGCGAUGAAUAUUUGUAAAUACAGCACGAAGGAAUCUUGAACAUCAGCGAUGGGUACUUAAUGGGACAGCACAAGUUGCAAAUAUUAAUGCUGUGGGUGGGAACCCCCCCGCGUCCCGACCAAUGUGCAAAUCCAGAGAUCCAGAUAUUUGGGUGGAUGGAGAACUGGAACAUGCCUUCUUUCCUAAGGAGGUUCCUUAAGGAUGCACACCCUCCGCAGCACACAUACACACUCUCUGUCUGACUAUUUUUCUAGAUUGUUCCCCAGGAAAGUUCCUCAGUACUGGGCAGUAAGUAAGGGCUUAAUUCUAGUUAAGAUGAAAUGAAAGUAUUAGCUAUUAGAUCUAUGUCAGGUGUGGGGAAGCUCCAUGGGCCAGUUGUGGCCUGCGAGGCCGUUUCCUGCAAACCACACUCACCCGUGCAUCAGCUGAUGUGUCUGGUGAUGUCAGCCAGGCAGGAGGACAGAGCUUAAUCCUGUGCUGGCUAUGUUCCUGUUCUCUGCGGGGAGUAAGGUGCUUCUCAAAGCAUCCUUGAAGCUCCUUGUGCACUUCUUCUGUAACAGGGAGGGAGGGUGGGUGGGUGGAAGCCGCUGCUGCCUGCUCACAGGAGAAAUUUCAAGCAGCAUUUUUGAGAAGUGAUGUAAAGCAGCCCUGCUGCUCUUGUUUCAGCUGAAAUGGGAUAACAGGGGCUGCCUUAAAGCACUUCUCAAAAACACGGUUUGAAGCAGCUCUCCUCUCCAUUUAAAAGAAAAGGGGGUGACUACUUCCAACAGCACUUCUGCAAAAGGCUUUAAGACCGCCCCUAUGUUCAUAAUUCAGGCUGAAAUAGAAACAUGGGGUUUGUCUUAUAGCAUGUCUCCCUGCACUCCCCUCUUUAUCUUCUGAGAUCAGGAGUUUUAAAAGGGAUGUGGAAGACUUGCACAGCUGUGUAUUUAACAGGUGGGUGGCUCCAACCACCUGUCAAUCGUAUGAUGUCAUAAUGCUGUGUGAUAUAUAAGUGAGUGACCUGGUCCAUCUGUCAAAUUUGACCCACAAGGCCAAUCUUAAUAAGGAUCUGGCCUGAGAAGCUGAAAAGCACCCCCCCUUUUAUGUGGACCUUAAUCAGAUGUGAAUUUCUCUGUAUUGUUUCUGGAGUUGGAAUGCCCAGGACAGCCUGCAUAAUUGGUCAGUUUUCUUGGCAUUCCCAGAGACAUCGCAUACAAAGUGUUGCCUUGCUCAUGACAUUUUGUAGAUUGGUCAGAGAAGAUAAAUGUGAUCAGUGUUUUGCAGUUAUGUUGUUGCUUAAACACAACAAGAUUGUUCUUGUUAUAGAAAUAAAGGGAGGGCUUGUGAAUAAUUUCAGUUGAAAUAAAAUAUAGUAUCAAGUCAAGUGCAUGCUGUUAACUUUCAAGAAAGCAGUGCUGAGACAGUUUCUCUAUUGGAGUACUUUUGAUUAUUAUUUUUUACGCCUGCUCUAUUGCAGAGUGUGUUGCUUUGGUCGUUGCUUAGCCUAAUUUUUUUUAUUUUAUUUGAAAAAUGUUUUGUACUGAGCUUUGUGGGUGACUGGCCAUUUCUCUUAGCUUUUUCUCGCUGCUUUUUUCCGAGUGAAAGAGAACUCUUAUCUGUUUUCUUAACAGAUGAAUAUUGUAUUGACACGUUUUGGAGGACUGGAAAGUCUAAGAUGAAGAACACUAGAGACAGCAGUGACAUGCAUUGCUGCUAUAAAAGAGUGAUAAAAAUUCCUAGCAGAUCUUUCAUAUUUUAAAUGUGACUUUAUUUUAAUGAUUGCAGCUCAUAAAAUGAGAUUUUCAAAUCAUUCCUUCCUUUCUUUCACAAGCAUAGGUAGUCCUACAUCACUGGGCUAAUACCAUUGGUAUUUAAAUGAUAUAUUUGAGUUCAUUCUUCUGAUGGUAAUUGACAAAGUGUAGAGAAAAGACCAUUUUUCAUAGGUGUUCUUCUUUUUCUGACUAUUUUGGGCAGUGUGAGUGUGACGUUUUUCCUAUGAUGCCCUAACAUUUUAUCUGUGAUUAAGACACAGUGCCUUCAAAGCAUAGCCUAAAAUUUAGCAUACCAAAAGAUUCUUUUUUGUUGAAUUUCAUCGGUUUGCCACUCCCAUUUUCCAAUAAGGACCCUUUCUAGUAAGGCAUCUCCUCCCUCCCCCAAGUUGCUUGCCCUGUGGUGACUAUCAAUAGAAAGGGUCAGUGCUUUUUUUCUAAAAAAAUGUUUAAGGGUACUCUCAUUUUGAUUCAAGAAAAUCACCAUUUUAUAGUUCAAAUUGGGAAAAAUAAAUACAGUAAAUGGACAAAAGUACAAAGAUGCACAAAAUGUUUAGGGGCAUUCAUACCCCUGUGUACCCCCAGAAAAAAAGCACUGGAAAGGGUCAAUCACCAUGAUGAUGUAAGGACUGGUUGGAGCAAAAGUGGAAGACUAUGGCAACUUUCGUGGACAUGAUCAAGACAGGAUAGCUUGAGUUGCCCAUGGCAAGAGAAGGCAUCUAAUAAAUUCAAAUAAUAACUUGAGUGCCCAGUUAUGUGACAUAGACUACAUUCACUCAUCCUAGUAAGGCAUGGUUAAUGGUUCACUGUGAACAUGGAGAUCUACUUUGAUGCACCACAGUCAAAGGCUUAGAAACACACUUGGGGAUUGUGCUCUGCUUUUCUCACACCAGAAGCAGUGAGCCUUGGCUUCAGAUGAUGGCUUGUUUGAAGUGAAACAGACCAUGAUUCCUCAUUUGAAUGUAAUGUUAAUCUAAGAAUCCUGGUUUGUUGCCCCUGCUUGUUAUCAGGGAGAAGCGGAAGUAGGAGCACGCUAUGUGUUUGUAGUGAAAAUGUUAUUUACCGUGAAUUUCUGUUGUGUUGGAGGACAUUCUCUUUUUAUGCCUCCUCUUCCAGCAGGAGGAGUCAUCAUGCCCUCCAGAUCUUCCCUGCCUUAGAUGGAAUAGGACGGGUCUUUUGCCUAUCUGGCGAAAAUUCCCUUUUUCCCUCUACGUUUGCUGUGAGUUCAUUCCUUCUAUUUCCUCCUCUUCCCUUGCUGGGUUUGUCAGGUUUCUUGUUUACUUCUUGGUUUUUUUAUGUUUGUGUUUCCCCACAAACACCCACCCACACCUUGUGUGUUGCCUUCGUUUGUUUUUAUUUCCCGGGGUGGUGGUGGUUUCCCUAGUCAUUUUCUCCUGGUUCCUUUUUGGCCUCCUGGUGUGUUCUACAUUACUACAUCAAACAGGACUACCACUGUUGGACACUGAACACCCUUAUUGCUUGGUGGAUCUGGCAGGGUCCUGCAUUACUCCAUCAAGGAAGAUCACCAUUAUCGUGAAAAUGAACUCCUCAGUGGCAAUUGCAGUAGGUCCCGCAUUUACCCCACCAAGUGAUAUUAUUGUCUUCCCGGAGAUAGGCAGCUAGUGUUGAUUUUACCCUUGGUGAGUCCUACAUUUACCACCUCAUCAAGCGGGACCACAGUUAAACAGGCUUUGGGUGCCUUUUUUGUUCUUUAUGGAAUGCACCUGUGAUUUGUACUGCCAACACUUUGACAUGAGCUUACAUCAACAAGCAGGGUGGUACCCUCUUGCAGAGGUUGCUUUUGUAUGAACUGAGUUAUCUUCCAAAUAACUUACAAUCUUCCACACUCCAGUUAACUGAUGUUUUUAACCCAUGUGAAUUUAGAAAGGGUUUUUUUUGUUUUUUGUUUUGUAAGGGAAGAUAUCUGAAAAUUGUUUUACAUCCAUGCCAUAAUUUAUUCAAAGGCUUAAUUCAAACAAUACAGAGAUAUUUCUGGGACAGAGAAUAUAUCCCUUACCAGAGACACUCCUCCAGCUCAAUCCAGUACACCAUUAAUCAUGGCAUAUUGUAACCCACUGAGUCUUUGAAUUGUCAUUUUGAGUUUGUUUCCAGCACUGUGAUCAAGGCUUCCAUACUGAUCUUCAUAAAAAUAAUAUUUUUGGUUUUUUUUGAACAUCUGAGGAAAUGUGCUAAUUUAAGUAGUUGCCUCGUUGCAUUGGCCACAGACCUUUGAUCUGAUCUGCUUAUUUUGCUUGUUAAUUAGUUGCCAGUUAUUUGUGUAACUUUAAUUUAUUGAACCAUUUGAGUGUUUCUUCGCAGAUGUAAAAUACCACCUGCAGUUUGGUUUUUGAGGAAUGUUUCACUUCUAGCAAGAGUAGAGAGAUAAAUAGAAGUUGUAAUUUGGGUUGUGCAGAACAGAAAUGGGAAGAGAACAGAAAUUCAUAUGGUGCUGUAAUUUACUGAUGUUGUGGGAUAGCUCAGUCAGUAGAGCAAGAGGCUCUUAAUCUCAGGAUUGUGAGUUUGAGCCCCAUGUUGGGCAAAAAGAUUAUUACAUUGCAGGGGGUUGGACUAGAUGGCCCUUGUGGUCCCUUCCAACUCUACAAUCCUGUGAUGUUCCUAGGGCCUGUCUCCAGGUCAGUCCCUCAGCUGCUCUGCUGAGUCCAGACUUUCCUUAAAGUACUGUCUGCCAUCAUGUACUGGCAGCAGUAGGUCUCUCUCUUUAUAUUCUUCCUCUAGUAAAUCUACGCAAGACACAUGGAGUGAGAGACAGUCACCUUCGAAUCCAGCCAGACCAGAUCACAGAAAGUUAAAACAUAAAUAUAUAUUUGCUUAUGGAAAAUAAUAUCUAAAACAAGUAGUCAUUGUACACAGAAUUCUCAUAUUUUCAGUAUCAUAACAUAAGUCUUCUCCACAACAUCUAUGCUUUUAUGCAUGUGCUUUCAUUAUCUCUGUCAUCGCAUUCCUCUUGUCUGUUUUGCUUGCAGACACUCUCUCCUUUUAGUUGUCAUUUCUGAACCCCACCCUGUCACUCUCUCUGCUCUGCCCAACAUUCCAUUCAGCUUCCCUAAUGUCAGUCAUCCUUCCAUUGACACUCGACAACUUUUGAAGAUUAAUGCUGCAGGUCUUAAUGACCAUUGGCUAUUGACACUUUUAGGAAAUAGGUAUUCAUACUGUCACAUGUUCUCCAAACUGGGGAGACCAAUUACAUAACCACAUUUUAAAAAGUUAGUAUUUAUAUAUACUUCCAAAACAAAUACAGUUUAUUGAUCUCUGCCCCCCUUUGGCUUCUUUUCAUAUAAUUGUAAGUAGCCAGUUGAGUGCUUGAGAAAGAGCUGACAAGAAGUAAAUGCGAGAAAUGAGAGAGUGCUUGCUUAUAGUGAUAGAGUCUCUGUAUUGUACCACAAAGUGCCUCUGGCUCCUAGUUCAGCCACACUAUUAGGUGUUUGAGAAUGUAGUAGGUUGUAUUCUAGAGCCUUUUAUAGCUUUGUCUUUCCUGAAGGAGGCUGAAGUGCUCAGUGGACACUGCUAGCUAGCUAUUACUGUGAUUACAAUAGGUUUGUACACAGUCUCAUAAAUGCAACAGUAAGGAUUUGUUUUCGCAGAAGCUCUGUCUCUGUAUGCAUGUAUAUAAAUAUAUCUAAAACCAACAACUUCAUAUGUCCCAGAGGCCUGAGAUUUUGUUUUUGACAGUUCAUAGAGAGAUAGAUAACUGUAAUUAUUUAAUGAUUGGUCUUUAGGCAGUGUAAGUAAUAUUAGCCCUGUGCAUGAGCAAGCAGGUGUUAAUCAAACUGGCCACUGAAACGACGUUUAGCACAUAGUGGCCCAGUUUCCAUAUCAUGGUAAACCUAGUUAAUGGUUCUGUGAGUGUGGAGAUUGCUGCUGCUGCUUCGUUCCUUCCGUAGUGCAUGUGGGAGCAUCGAUGAUCUGUGGCUUAGCAUUCUGUCUGCACCAUGGAUUGUGGUUUUGUUUUGCUCCAAACAAACCACAACAUGAAGGCAGGAACAAGCCUUGCCUACUCUUUGUAGUUUGUUUGAAGCAAACCAAACCAAUAUCUCCAGUUCAGACAGAACACUAAGCUAGGGAUUGUUGAUGGUUACUUCCAGUUGCACAAGGGAAGGGAAGCCCCAUGUCCCCAGUCAACAAUUAGCUAUGUCUUACCAUGAUACGUACAUGCAAAGAAAAGCUAUGCUGGAAUCUCAGAAUUCAGAAACUUCUUGAGGUGUUACAACACUGAGCCCAGUUAUGAAACUGCCGAUAUAUUUGCAAAUAAAUAUUGGAUAGAAAAUAUUGAAGAAAUGUAAGUGAUAGUACAUGUGACGAGGGAAAUUUAUUUUGACACUAUAUGAUUAGAAUUAUCAACUGCAGUUGUUAUGGGAAUAAGUCAGUGAUGACAUAAUUCUCAUUUUCAGUGUGAUAAGCUAUGCCUUAAGCUCUGAAGACUUGGUUGACAAAUGCUUUGGCUGAUGUUUUUAAUCUUUAUUCUCUCAUUGUGAUGGAUUGAUCUUGCUUAUUCACCAGAACAAACCCAUGAUCAUUCUGUUUGGGAGGAUUGUGUGUGUUUUGCAUACUGCUUAGGGAAUGCAAAGUUGUUGUGUUGUUUUUUUUUAAGAAAUGAAAUCAAUUGUGUCCUUUGUCAGGGAACUGCCAUCAGUGCCGGAGGGAGAGAGCAAAAUCCAGAGGGAUUCCAGAGAGCGUCCCGGGAUUGGGAGAGGCAGCCCAUCUUCUGGGGAAGAGAAUCAGCGUAGCACCAGUGGAGAAGGGGGGCAGAUGGGGGAAGCGGCGAGGCGGUCCCAUGACUCCUUGCCGGGGAUCAGCAGGGAGAGUAGAGGUCCUCCGCUGCCUACACCCUCCUUGCGCAGAAGGCUUUCGCGCAGAGAGAGUAGGAGGAGACUAGGCGUCAAAGAGCUUCUUUGCUGGAAGAAGUUUAAGAAACGCCCACUGACAGAUUCUGCCAGCGAUUGAGACAGCCACGGGUGAGUGGCUGUCCAGACAGAAAAGGUUCACUCAGGCAACCCAACCAGGUGUUUGCACCGGCUUACGCACGAGCAACCCCUAGAACCAUUACACCUUAAAUGUUACUCCCUAAUUUGGAGGCUGGGAUGGAAGGAGGAGGAGAAAUGACAGUGCAACUUGGGCAGAUUAAUGGCCUCAUCUUAAAAAUGGCAUUGCUUUCAAGGCUUUGUUUGGUCUUUUAUGGAACUGAAUGUUUGUAGCUGGAAUAAUUAACAUCCUCUGACUGUUCUGUGUUAUAUGGUUUAUUUUCUAGUAAAAGGGAUACCAGUUAAGUUUGUUGCAAUAAGGUUCCACUGAAAUAUGUGUGAAAAGUUAGGCAUGGCUAAGAGAAGUCCAACUGAUUUCAAUAGGGACAGAGUUCGACUAACUUGCUCUGGAUCUAACCCAAAGUACUUUAAUCAUAGCUGUGGAUUAUCUGAUUCCUGCUGGCCUACGUAAGGGUUAUGAUGACAAAUACUCUUUAUUUCCACACUUCAAAGAUGUUACUUGCUUUGUAGUUUUGGGGAAAUGAGAAUUUCUUCCAUAUGAGUAGUUUGACAGACUUGUUUCUUAAGCCACACCGCCUUUAUGAGAUGUGUAAAUGUGAUAAUAAAAUGGCUAGUUAAGAAAGAAAAUAAUAGGGUGGCAAAUUUGCGGAGUUAGGAGAAACCACUUUAUCCUUUAUUUUAGGGGUAUUAAGCGCAUAACUUUAUCAUCCAGCUUGCAAGUCCCCAAAUGUUUCGCACAGCCCUGCAUUCAGCUGUGUACCUUACUGACCCUUAUUCAAAUUCUUCUAGGCAGUUCAUAUCUGGUGGCCAUAUCUCUUCACCAUGAUGCAAAAUGUCCAUAAUUGCAAAUUUCCUUGUGGCAGCUUUAUUAACCCCCAACUACCUCCUCCUACUGGAAGAGUAGUGGCUGAGAAACCCCCACUACAAAUGCAACAGUUAGGAUCAUGGACAGUAUGCACAGAUUUGGCUAAUUUCUGGCUACAUCCUUGGUUUUCUGGUUGCACAACUAUAUAUAGACAGUUUACUUUGGAGCCUCUUUUCUAACAUGUUUCACAUGUCAUGCAGCUUUGAGCACAUAUUUGCACAGUGUGUGAGGUUCCAUAUUACUUUCCAUGCAUAUAUGUAAAGCUUAAGUUUAUUCAUAAAAGUGUAAAUGAAACUGCCUGAACAAGACUUAUUCUUGCUAUCCUGAGAAGCAGUUGUCUUUUUCUUCAUUUUUAGCUGGAACAAUCAAAUUCUUUUUAUCUAUGGUAAACUGUACACUGGCAACUCCCCGUUUGCACGGGGGUUGCGUUCUGGGUCACAGUGCAUGUUAACGGAGUUGCCUGUACAUGUUUAUCUUUGUCUUUCUCUACAGGCACAGGUACAGACACAUUUUGUUUCCCAUAUUUAUUUAGGUUAUAUUUGGCAUAUUGUUGCCCGGAGAGAGAGACGAAAUCUCUGGUGGAUAAUGCAGGGAUGCAUGUUUAUGUGUUAGAUCUAUAUCCAGUAUAUUGGAUGAAGUCUGACACUAAAAUAAUGAUGCAAUUUUAGCAUUAGUUACCAGAGACUCUCCCCCCCGCCGCCCCCAAGUUCACACUCUUCGUGUGCUCUACCAAUUUUCAUGUUUGGAAUCCAUUGAAAUUGUUUCUCUGGUCUCAUAAUUCAGUUGUUGCAGAAAGUGUCUCAAAUACUUCCCAUCCUGGCCCUCUUUUAGGCAGAAAGCACAGUUGCUUUUUUCUCCACCUGCCAUUCCUUUGCAUCUUCUUCACUCUGCACCCUUCAUUGGCUUCUCUCCUGUAAGGAAACUUGAGUUUCAGCUGAUGGGAUGAACAGCAUGUGCUGGGAGGCCAGUUGGCCCCAGUACUCAUCAUUUAACUCCUUUGAUAAUAUGCAUAAUUAUGGAUAGUUUGCCUUCAUGCAGUCUUUCUUUACAUUUCUUUACAGGAUUCACCCUUUACUAAUGCAGGAAUGGGGUCUAACCUAAACCUUUUGGGUGAAAUAGAAUGUGAUGCCAGUAUCAUGGAUGGAAAAUCACUCAAUUUUGGAGCAGUUGGCGCUCUCAGUGGUAUGUUGAGCAAGCUCUAGAAGACGGAAUGUUUAGAUUCAAAAAUAUAUUUGAUUAUGUAGUUGGAGUCCUAAUACGCUAUAAACAUGGUGCAUAAUGUUACUUCAAAUCCUAUUACAUGGAUAGGAUUGCAUGUGACGAAGAGCAAGAACCGUAUCUUUUUAGGCAUUGUGCAAAAUAAUUGUUUGAUGGCUAUUAGCCAUGUUUUGUUUCCACCCUUUCUGUGUUACUAGUUUAAGGUUUUUGCCUUCAUCUAUCCAGUCUCUGUUCUGUUUUUAAUUUGACAUCUCUGGUGUUUGGGGUGCUAAAAUAAGGCUUAUUUUUGAGAUGUUAAUUGCAAAGCCAAGGAAUAAAUGAACUUUUUCCCCCUGAAUAACUUGUUGAGUUAAUUGGUUUAAAUCCAAGGUAAUUAAAACUAUCUGGAGUACUGCAUGACCAUUUCCUUAAAUGACUUUUCUUCCUGUUCCUAGGAAUCAAAAAUCCUGUUUCCGUGGCAAAUAGAUUGUUGUGUGAAGGGCAGAAAGGAAAGCUGUCUGCUGGCAGAAUUCCACCUUGGUAAUUACUUUGUUCUGUUUGUUUCUUAUUUGGGGCAGUAAUGCAUACAAUAUUUGAAAGUUACUCUUAUUAAAAGAAGGCUGAUGCUUUUUAGUGUGCAUCAGUAAUAGCGUGCUUUUAAGAUGAGGACUGGCUUUGUUGUUGAUCUUGGAACAUCUUGCAUGCUUAUUGCAGCUGUAAAUAGCAUAACUUUGCCUUUUAUCUUUAAUAUUCUGUUCUAAGUCUGAACUUCUUCCUCUGUGGUUGUUUAUGCAGAUAUUUACACUGCUAAGCUUUUGUUUCUGAUGUUUCGGGUUCAAAAUAUUAAAAAUCCAAUAAAUCAGACCUCAAAGCUAAACAUAGCUUGUUGUUGUGAAAUGUUACAUUUGUGCUCUCCUUUUGCUUCCAGAGUUUUAAACUUUCAGCAUAUGCUCUCAUUUUUGUUGAGGAGAAAAUGGUUUCACAUUGAUUUAAUUUUUGUAUAGAUUUGAAGGUGAACUAUAAUCAUUCACAUAAUAAUAAUAAUAAUAAUAAUAAUAAUAAUUUAUUAUUUAUACCCCGCCCAUCUGGCUGGGCUUCCCCGGCCACUCUGGGCGGCUUCCAAAAGAAUAUUAAAAUACUAUAAUACAUCAAACAUUAAAAGCUUCCCGAAACAGGGCUGCCUUCAGAUGUCUUCUAAAAGCCUGGUAGUUGUUGUUCUCUUUGACAUCUGGUGGGAGGGUGUUCCACAGGGAAGGCGCCACUACCGAGAAGGCCCUCUGCCUGGUUCCCUGUAACUUGGCUUCUCGCAGUGAGGGAACCGCCAGAAGGCCCUCAGUGCUGGACCUCAGUGUCCGGGUAGAACGAUGGGGGUGGAGACGCUCCUUCAGAUAUACUGGACCAAGGCCGUUUAGGGCUUUAAAGGUCAGCACCAACACUUUGAAUUGUGCUCGGAAACGUACUGGGAGCCAAUGUAGGUCUUUCAAGACCGGUGUUAUGUGGUCUCUGCGGCCGCUCCCAGUCACCAGUCUAGCUGCCGCGUUCUGGAUUAGUUGUAGUUUCCGGGUCACCUUCAAAGGUAGCCCCACGUAGAGCGCAUUGCAGUAAUCCAAGCGGGAGAUAACCAGAGCAUGCACCACUCUGGCGAGGCAGUCCGCAGGCAGAUAGGGUCUCAGCCUGCGUACCAGAUGGAGCUGGUAAACAGCUGCCCUGGACACAGAUUUGACCUGUGCCUCCAUGGACAGCUGUGAGUCCAAAAUGACUCCCAGGCUGCGCACCUGGUCCUUCAGGGGCACAGUUACCCCAUUCAGGACCAGGGAAUCCUCCACACCUGCCCGCCUCCUGUCCCCCAAAAACAGUACUUCUGUCUUGUCAGGAUUCAACCUCAAUCUGUUAGCCGCCAUCCAACCUCCAACCGCCUCCAGGCACUCACACAGGGCCUUCACUGCCUUCACUGGUUCUGAUUUGAAAGAGAGGUAGAGCUGGGUAUCAUCUGCAUACUGAUGAACACCCAGCCCAAAUCCCCUGAUGAUCUCUCCCAGCGGCUUCAUGUAGAUGUUGAAAAGCAUGGGGGAGAGGACAGAACCCUGAGGCACCCCACAAGUGAGGGCCCAGGGGUCUGAACACUCAUCCCCACCACCACUUUCUGAACACGGCCCAGGAGGAAGGAGCGGAACCACUGUAUAACAGUGCCCCCAGCUCCCAGCCCCUCAAGACGGUCCAGAAGGAUGUUAUGGUCGAUGGUAUCAAACGCCGCUGAGAGAUCCAGCAGAACUAGGAAACAGCUCUCACCUUUGUCCCUAGCCCGCCGGAGAUCAUCAACCAGUGCGACCAAGGCAGUUUCAGUCCCAUGAUGAGGCCUGAAUCCCGACUGGAAGGGAUCCAAAUGGUCCGCUUCUUCCAGGCGUGCCUGCAGUUGUUCAGCAACCACUCGCUCAAUCACCUUGCCCAAGAAUGGAAGAUUUGAGACUGGGCGAUAGUUGGCUAUCGUGGCCGCAUCUAAAGACGGUUUUUUUAAGAAGCGGUUUAAUAACCGCCUCUUUCAGCGGGUCUGGGAAGGCUCCCUCACGGAGGGAAGCAUUCACCACCCCACGAAGCCCAUCGCCCAGUCCUUCCCGGCUAGCUUUUAUAAGCCAGGAUGGGCAAGGAUCAAGGAGGCAAGUGGUUGGUUUCACUCGUCCAAGCAGCCUGUCCACAUCCUCGGGGUAACUGAUUGUUAUUGAUCCCACACAACUUUACUAGACCGGACUCUCGCACUCUCCCGCCCCGGCCCUGCUCCCACGGUGGAGUCUACCUCUUCUCGAAUCUGAGCGACUUUAUCUGCAAAACUUUGCAAAGUCAUUGCAGGAGAUCAUGUGGCCGCUACUGGGCCCUGAUGGAGCAGGUGGUUCCGCUAAAUUGCGAACCACCUGAAAGAGUCUCCUGCUGCUGUUUUCCGCAGAUGCAAUAGAGGCGGUGAAGAAAGUCUUCUUCGCCGUCGCUAUCGCCACUUGGUAGGCUCGACAUUGAGCUCUAACCCGUGUCCGGUCAGAUUCAGAAUGGGUUAUCCGCCACCGGCGCUCUAGCCGUCUCAACGAUUGUUUCAUUGCCCUCAGAUCCGUGGAAAACCACGGGGCUGUCCGGACUCCAUGCAAUCGGAGAGGGCGCUUUGGAGCCAAACAGUCAAUAGCCCUGGUUAACUCCACAUUCCAGCGGGCCACCAGGGAAUCAGCUGAAAGGCCAUCAACAUGGGAUAAAACAUCCCCUACCACUCUCUGGAAACCAUUUGGAUCCAUUAAGUGGUGGGGGCGGACCAUCUGAAUCGGUCCCGCCUCCCUGCAGAGGGGAAGGGUCACGGAGAAGUCCAGUUGCACCAGGAAGUGAUCUGACCAUGGCACUUCUUUGGUUUCGCUUUUACUUAAUGUCAGAUCACCAACAUCCAUAGAGGUGAACACCAGGUCUAAGGCAUGCCCGUGGCUAUGAGUUGGGCCAGACUUAUUCAGGGACAGCCCCAUGGAGGCCAUGCUUUCCACGAAGUCCCGAGCGGCCCCUUGUAAGGUCGUGUCGGCAUGGAUGUUAAAGUCCCCUAGGACAACCAAACUAGGUGUCUCCAGGAGGACAUCCGCCACGACCUGAAGCAGCUCGGGCAGGGAAUCCUUGGUGCAGCGGGAGGUCGGUACACCAAUAGGAAUCCUGUACUGCCCCUAUUGCCCAACUUCCAGAACAUGCACUCAGAGAACUGGGUCUUUCCAAUAGGACGCCUGGUGCAAACUAAUGACUUCCUAAAAAUCACUGCACCCCCCGCCCCGCCCACAAGGCCUGGGUUGCUGUGCGUAAGAGAAACCUGGUGGACAAGCAGCGGCAAGGACGGGCCCAUCUGCUUCAUCCAACCAGGUCUCUGUCACACAUGCCAGGUCAAAUCCUCCAUCCACAAUCAGGUCGUGGAUGGCAGAGGUUUAUUCAUCAUUGACCUGGCAUUGCACAGCAACACUUUCAGGUCAUGUGGGUUUCCCUUGUUGAUUCCAGUAUCCUUCCGGUCAGGACCAGACCUGGAGGCAGGGAUAGUCCUCAAACAACGACUAAGCCUGCUUCCUCGGUAAUGACAUGGUCUGGUCUUAGCGUAACUCCUCCUCCUACCCGUGAUCACUGAGAUCGGUUGUCCGAGUGCAUCCCCCCCUAUGGAACCUGCCCCAGCCAUUUUGUUUGCUGGGACCCACUCCCAGGCAGCCCUGACCCCUCCCCUUAAAAUCAAAUUAAAGUCUAUACAAAAAACAAACUAACAGAACAAUAAAACUAUAAAAACAUUUGCUACAUUUGUAAUAAUUUUCAAGUGUGGAAGAAUAAGGAAGUUUAUUAUAAUUUUUUAAUAAUAAUAAUAGCCAAACUAUGGUCUGAAUAUCCUGUUCAAGCUGAUUAACUUACAUGCUAUAUCAUACACCUAUAAAUGUAAAAAUAGGUGAAAAAUCUUGCCAGAGAAAUCAGUUGAAAUAAGUUUUUCAACAGUCUAUAUAGAAUGUUGACAAAGGAGAAGAUCUCUUCAGCUUAGCAGACAGGACAUGAUAGAGUAUAGAGCCUAAAGUGCAUAAAGCCCCUGACCCUUAGGGGUAAAACGAUGUCAUAUCCCAAUGCUGUUUUCUACGGGGAUCAUGUUCAGUCAUACUCCUCUUCACAGAGGGCUUGAAAUAGUUGGGUUUUUCUCUCUUGAGGAGGCAACAACCGAGUGGCAAAAUGAUGCAGGGGGUAUUAUGAAAUGGUUUUUACUUUUUCUCAGAAUACAAAAAUCUGGGCUUUUCCAGGGUAAUUGGUAUGUGGCAGGUUUUAAGAUAAACAGGAUACAUAUUUAUGUGCUGUGUUAAUAACCAAUGAUUAACCAAGUUGCAAUAGUAGCUAAAUACUUGGCUACCUAUUCGUUGUUGCUAGUCAUGCGAACAAGAAUCACAACACCCAUCUUUGGAGCCUUGUGCAGUCAACAACAAACAGGAGGACAACUGUUGCUGUUUCAUUUUACAAAAAUAAGAAGUGCAGUAACUUAUAGCGAGCAACUGAUCUGAACGUGUGUGUAUGGGGGGGGCGGACUUCUCAUUGUUUCAUUACUUAGGACUAUGUUAUGCCUGUUGUAACAACAGCAGUUCUCAUAAUAAUUCCGUGUUCAUUUUUUUGCUGUUAAUUCCUAGUUUCCACCUCGUUUUAAACAUUCCAGAAAUAAAGGCUAAAGACCAGCACCUCUUGACUUGAAGAGGUGGAUUAGGCUGUAACCCAAAACAUUAGACUAGCUUUCCCCAGCCUGGUUUUCUCCAGAUGUUGUUGGACUAUAACUCCCAUCAUUCUUGACCCCUGGCUAUGCUGCCUAGGUGCUGGUGAUGAGGGUUCAGCAUCAGCAGGAAAACACCACCCUGGGGAAGGCUGUAUUAUUAGAGAGUAAGCCUCAAUGAGGUUAGAGGGGCACAGUUCUGAGUAAUCAUGUAUGGGGUUAUUCACUUAAUUUAAACCUGUAAAUUGAAUUACGUUUCUGAAGUUUCCUGACAUGAUAAACAGAUACCUUGCAAUUAAGCUGCAGCUAACCUUACCUGAAGUACCUACCUAGUCAAAAUUUGUCUUCCCCACCCCUUUUGUCUUCCUCAUUGCUAGUUUUUUAGUUGGCGAAGGAGCUUUCAGAUGGGCAGUGGAUCACGGGAUACCUGCCUGCCCUCCAGGUGUCAUGGCAACAAGUGAGUAAACUGUUCCUAGGAAUUCUUCUUCUGAGAAGCUUCAGGCACACAAUCAAGAAAACAAUCAAAUCAGUGGGAUCUAGGCCGCUAAACACUUGGAUACUGUUCAAAUUAAAGAAUCGUAGUCACACUGGAUUUUUAUCUGCAUAACAGCCAAAAUAUCAUCUCUGGAGCUAAGGAGGUUUUAAAUAGUGUAACUGGUGGUGUAGCAUUUGAAAAGCUUCAGCAGCUUCAGUAUAUUGUCAGUCUCACUUUCAGAUACUUACUCUUAAUUAUUUUCAUCUCUGCCUCUCCUUGGUUACGCAGUUUAUAAGCUGCUGACCUAAUAGCUUUGCUAAACAAGCUUACUCUCGCUGACUCUCUAGUAAUUGUGCUUUGUAAUCUUUCUUUUGCCAAUCAUUUUACCCCCAGCCAGCUUUAGAAGGGAAGGUGCAGUACCACUUCAGCCACUUCAGUGCAUUUUCGGUACACUCCAUUAAAUGACUGCUAGAGGGUGCUGUAUGAUUGGCCAGAGUCAGAUUGCUUUUCUGAGGAUUAGGAACAUAUUCUUUUGUUGUUGCUGUGAUUGCACUCAAAACUAUUUCUAGGGCUUAUAGCAUAUUUCUAAAUUUGUUUUGGUGAUUCCAGACAAUAUUGUUGUUUUAAUGCUGGUGGUGAAAUAGACAUGGUGAUUGCUCAUCAUGGCCUGUGAAAUUGCUGGAUAUCUAGUGAAGCCUGUCCUGCUUAAUUUCAGUUCACUGCAAAUAGAAUGAAUCUGAACGUUUCUGAAAAUUUAGAGUAUAAUUAAACUGAAUACGGUGGUACCUCGGGUUACAUACGCUUCAGGUUACAGACUCCACUAACCCAGAAAUAUUACCUCGGUUUAAGAACUGUGCUUCAGGAUAAAUACAGAAAUCGUGCAGCAGCGGCAGCAGGAGGCCCCAUUAGCUAAAGUGGUGCUUCAGGUUAAGAACAAUUUCAGGUUAAGAACAGACCUCCAGAACGAAUUAAGUACUUAACCUGAGGUACCACUGUACAUGGCGGGGGGUGGGGGGAGAUUGACUUAAUAAUAAAUUUUUGACCAAUCUGAAUUUGAGAGGGUAAUUUCACCAAACUUGCAUAAUCACCAGUUGAAAAGACCAUGUCUCCAACAGGUGGCCAAAAAAAUCUUCCUCUUAAAAAAAAGUAUGGGUUAGUUUCCAUUGAUAUAUUAAUUGAAGAUAAGUCUUUUGUUUAAGUUCAAACAAGCAGAAGUAAACUGAUUUUUAGAUAUAAAAUAAGUCAUUGGAACAAACCAGUGACCGUCAUUGUGCAUCAAUAAAUUUUGCUCAUCUGGUUCAGAAAAAUAUUCGGAUUAUUUAAAACAAAUAUAAUUGUUUUAAAUGCACAGAUAUACUCUGUGUGACUCCCUGUACUUUAUUUCUUCAGACCACUCAUGGGAAGAAUUUAUAAUAUCUGUGAUUGACACACAGGCCAGCCAGCUUACACUUCAGGGCCUGCUGCUGGUAGUUGCCAUUCUCCCUCCACAGGUAUCCAGACAGGUAGCUGAUUCCUGACUAUCCACAAAGGUCAGGAUACAGCUCACAUGAGCGUACAUGCACUUUCCUUACCAUAGGUAGGUAAGCUUUUCCACCUUCUACUUCUGUCCUGUGUUACGUGAUCUGCAGCAGAUACCAGCUAUCAACUGAUGAAUCUGACAGAUCUGAACCAUUUGGAGGCAAAGAACAAUAGAACCAAAGAUAUUUAUUUAGAGGAGUUAACAGUUUCAAGCUUAUCAAAGGAAACACAAAAAGAGUGUUCAGUCUUAUAAUGUUUCUUUCACAUAAACAUUAAGUGCCAUAGAUUAGGGUGACAUACUAAUAGAGAAUUGAUAGGCACCCUGUCCAUCGUAGAGAGCAAAAGGAUUGCCCUCCCAAUCUUGGCAGAUGUCAUCACAAGCAGUGUGUGUCCACAAAGCAGCCAGUCAACACCUAACUUCAAACAGGUCUAUUAUCAAGAAAAGCAUUCCUUUGAAGAUGCAGUGACAUCCCAUUGCUCAUGGGGAGAAAUAUCCUCAGCAUCCUUUGAAGUUUUCACUGUUUCAUGCAUGUACGUUUUAUUAAUGCUGCUGCAAAUGUUGAUAGGCUGUAAGUUGCUUUGAUUAUGUGUAAGGAAGGCAGGGUAAAAAAUAAUUUAAAAUAAACAAGUGUGUAUUCAUUUACAUAAUGUUUAAAUUCCCUGUGAGGGGGAAUUCCAUCUAAGAGUCUUUUAAUCAUCUUUAGACAGUGUAACCAUGAUUGCUGACCCCCACUUUUGUUAGAAUAAAGUUGAGUUUGUGUUGAGAUAAAAGGUCAAAAUGCCAUAGACCAGUGGCCAUGAUCUUCGUUUUUUUUGAUGUUGAGUUUCAGACCAUAUUUUGCGCUCUCCUCUUUCACCCUCAAUAAAAGGUUCUUUAAUUCCUCCUCACUUUCUGCCAUCAAGGUUGUGUCAUCUGCAUAUCUGAGGUUGUUGAUAUUUCUUCUGGCAAUCUUAAUUCCGGCUAGGGAUUCAUCCAGCCCAGCCUUUCACAUGAUGAAUUCUGCAUAUAAGUUAAAUAAGCAGGGAGACAAUAUACAGCCUUGUCGUACUCCUUUCCCAAUUUUGAAAGCAACAGCAACAUUAGUGAAUGCUUUUAUCUGCGUUUCAUCAAUGACCUAGUUUACACAUUUUGCACUGUGAUUUAAUGUGAAUGAGCAGCACGCUAGUUCAUGCUGUUCCACAGUUCCUGCUUCACUGCUCCCCCUGCUAACCUUUGGUCACACUGGGGAGGAAUUGGACUGGCUUUGGGUUAUGUGGGAACCAGCACUUGUGAUUUGUUUUUCCUAGACAACCAUGAUUGAGAAGCCAGGAAGCAAACUAAAAACACUGGUUUUGCACAUAACAUGAAGCUAGUCUCUAGUUUUCCCUGUUGCAGCAAAUGAUUAGCAGAGGGAAGAGCAAAGCAGGGAGUUCAGAGCAGUGUGCACGCUGCUCAUUUGCUUUAACCCUUAGUUUAAAACAAGCUGUGGUUUAGUGCGACAUGCCAACUAGGCCAAGUUUUGAGUAAUUUGUGUUUUUGAUAUUCAUAAAUCCAUGCUUAUUCAGUGGACAUGAUGAAAUAUAAUCUGUACAUAGAUCUGAGUAGGGGCUAUUGUUGCCAGUACCAAAGUGUAGUGUUCAAAGAAGGUGUCCUUGGUUUAAUUCUUAAGUAAUUAAAAUGCCAUUAAAUAUUUUAUAGGACUUAGUUUAGCAGCUUUUAAGAGGAACAAGAGGAAACUGGAAUUGGCAGAAAAGGUGGAAACCGAUCUUUUUCAGUUGAAGAAAAGAAGACAAUCAAGUGAAAAGGUUGGUAUCUGUUCAGAAAACUAUUGGUCAACCUUAAAUCACUACAGUGACAAGGACUGAAGUUUCUGGGAGUUCUUGUUGCUAUUGUGAAUUGAUAGUCAACACAAUGUUGCAAUAUUAUUUAUCAUUAUAUUUUAAUGGAAACAGAGAUGUGCAUGCAUGCAUACUUCCUUGUGUUUGAUUUGUCCUUCUAGCACGUUCCCCUUCAGGCUCAUUGAAGGCUGCUCUGGAGAGUUCCAUGGCCUUUGGGAGCAGCUUUAUGGUGUAUCUCAGUGUGAACAUAACCUCUGUACAAAGGAUAAACCACUUGUACUCAUAGCCAAUAUGUCAUAAGUAAUUUUUUCCCCUCGUCUUCGGGGAAUAUGAAAACAGAACUAUCAAAGGAAUCUACUAUUGUUUGCAGAACAAAUAAGUGUGCCUUACCAUUAUGAUUUGUUUAUAUAUUUUACUAUUCAUUUUCACUUUUUCAGAAUGUGCAUGACAAAUGCAAACAUGAAAAGAUAAAUAUCUGUUGAAAAAUUUUCUCCAGUUUAAGAUUUUGGUGAACGUUUCUCACUUUAAAGCAUUUUCAGUGGAUCUGGAAGGGGAUGAAAUUUGUAAUACCAGGUAGGUAAACAUGUCUGGACAUUUACCCAGCAUUGACCUGGCCCAGAAUGGUCCUCUAUAGAAAAAUCAUAGCUGGGUUUUUUUCUUUACUAAGUGGUCAUUUCAGCACUGUAGUUUUUACCUGCUGCCAACUAUAUUUUGAAUGCAGUUUUGCUGUCAGUAAUUAAAAAGGAAAAAUGAGGUGUACUGUAGAAAUUCUUGCUCUGUUUCUCCUUUUAUGGAGAAACAAAAGCAAACAAAAAACUAUUCAAGUUACAGUAGCAUAUGUAAAAAUUCAUGUCUUUGGAGUAUUGCUUACGUUUUAUAUCCAAAAAGACUAGGAGCCUUGAAAACAUAAAACUAAGGAAAGAGGGAUUUCAGUACAAUUUAUAUAUUAAAGGUCAAGUCAAUGCUUACAUAUGCCAGUACAUGGACUUACCAACCUGCUAUUUGAGAUUUGGAGGGUCUUUUGACAAUACUUUAGGGCAGCAGUUCCAAACCCGUGUCCCUGUCCCCACUGACCACUUGAAAUUUUCUGGGUGAGUCUUGGCUUACCAUUACAUGCAAAUGGAACCAGUUUCUAGCAGAGCAUGAAAUAACUUCUGUUGCAUUGUACUAUAGCUUCGUUAGUGCUUAAUAAUUUUGAGUGUACGUAAAUUCAUUUUUACAUAGUGAGAUAAUUAUGUUCCAGUUAUAAUUUAGAAAUUGAAGCCAGGUUUUAAAAUUGCCUUCUGAACUCCAUAGUAGUAUAUGUACUCUAACGCAAGCUGUGAUUUAGAUAAUUGAAUAAAUAAGUAACUGGAUUCCAAAUGUCUUUUGUUAACAGACUGAACAGUUCAUUUUUUAAAAAAUGAAUUGUUUAAUUAUUGUGUUAGACUUACAUUGUCUUCUUAAAUAUUUGAGAUUUCUUUGACCAAUGGAAUUUCCCCUUCCUCUCCCCCUGUUUUAUGACACUGAUGCAGGAUUUGAUCCACAGUUACUCUUCUGCAAAUGGAAUGACUCCUUCUGUUCACAGAAGGAACUAUAAUCCGGUAGAGGCUGCCAGUUGGGGAAGGAAAGGAUAUUUCUCUUUGUAGUCAAGUAUGCCACCUUCCUUCCUGUUCUGUUGGGUCCCCCUACCCACCAGAGCAGGUUUCUGAGGGUCAGGUGGGGGGGGGGGCUGCAGAGGGAAUGACAAAUAAGUGAAAGUCUCCUGCCCCCUUACUGCACUGGAAGUGUCCCCUGAGUGGUAUUCAGCUCAUGAGAACUCAGAAUUCAAGCCACAGUAUUUUGUAUGCUUUGUUCACAUGACAAGAAUGAGAGAGAGGUGGUCAUGCAUGUGAAAUAGCUGAUGGGGGUGGAGCAUGGUAGUUUGCCUUUUAAAUCUGUCUCUUUUAUUUGACUUUUUAGGGUGUAGGUAAGAUUGUAUUGCUUGAUUACUGUAGCUUGAUUUUCUGUUGUGAAGUCCCCAAGGAUCUUCAGGUGAAGAAGGGUGGUAUACAAAAUCAAUUUAGUAAUAAUAUAAUUAGAAAGUUGUGUUGCAUUUCCUAUCUUUGUAAUAUUAAAAUGGAAACGUUAUAUUAUCUUAAAGGUAAAGGCACCCCUGACCAUUAGGUCCAGUCGCGGACGACUGGGGUUGCGGUGCUCAUCUCGCUUUAUUGGCCGAGGGAGCCGGCGUACAGCUUCCGGGUCAUGUGGCCAGCAUGACUAAGCCGCUUCUGGCAAAACCAGAGCAGCGCACGGAAACGCCCUUUACCUUCCUGCAGGAGCAGUACCUAUUUAUCUACUUGCACUUUGAACGUGCUUUUGAACUGCUAGGUUGGCAGGAGCUGGGACUGAGCAACGGGAGCUCACCCCGUCGCGGGGAUUCGAACCGCCAACCUUCUGAUCAGCAAGUCCUAGGUUCUGUGGUUUAACCCACAUCUUAACAACUGUUAACAAAAUUCUGUUUGUGUAAUAGUACUUUCUUAGCCCUCCUCUCUGCCUCCCCCCCAAAAAAAGCAGCUCCUGAGAGUUGGGGCAAACUUUGGGGCCAUUGCAGGCAUGGGCAAAUGGAGUUGCCACUGAAAUCCAGGCCCCCUUCCACUCGUGCUAGGCACCUUGUUAUCUAACCCAUUAUUAUUAUUAUUAUUAUUAUUAUUAUUAUUAUUACUUCCUGUGGGUGAGAGAGAUAAGUUUGAUGUUCAAGAGUGUGUCUUUUGCUCUGUUUUGGCAUACGCUAGAUUAGCCAUCUGUAGAGUUGAUCUAAAGACUCCUCCAUUAGCCUCAUUAACUUUAAUAGGGAGGCUGAAUAACGUUUAGUAACAAUUACUGCUUUGGGCACAUUCUGAAAAUUAUGCAAGUCUGUGUGAUUAAAGAAUUCUAAAAGGAGAAACCUCCUCUCUCCAUGCUUUCAGUGCAAUGUAGGUGAGCGAGUGUGUGAUCCUAACUUUUUGCUAUUGAUUGUGAAGACAGAGCUUGUGGGUGAUUAGGGUUAAUUAAUUGGCAAUGGGUGUAUUCUUUUGAAUGGAAUGUGAUUAUGCCCACAAGCUACAAGAGCUUUAAUCUCAGUUAAUGGUUCUCAAAUGUUUUCGUAAUAAACCUUCUAACUUUUAAAAACCAGUUUGAGCCUCCCUCUGGCAAAAUAGAACAGCUUAGUUUUACUGUUUUUUAUUCUCACUUGGCAUUAAUGUCAUUCAGAUCAAAGGAAGAACUGUGGUGAGCCCUUUUGGAGUAUUUUUGUUCUACUGAACUUAAAGCCUACCAAGUCCAGGGAAUUGCCUGCUUGACUCUUUAACACAAGGAUGAGGGGCCUUUGGUCCUCAAGAGGUUGCUGGACUCUCAUCAUCCUUGAUCAUUGACCAUGCUGGCUGGGGCUGAUGAGAGCUGUAGGCAGACAACAUCUGGAGAACCACAGACUUUCCAUCUCUAAACAUUAUUCAGCAGUGAGGGAGGUAUACCUUGCUCUUCUCUCUGCAUUAAUUUGAAUGGGGAACUUGGCAUUGUCUUUCAGUGGGAAGAUCAGACAGGAAGUCUGGUUGACAAGUAAAGGGAAAUAACUUUAAUGGAUAAGUUUCCUUUAGCCACUGAGUACAGGCAACAGCUAUUUGAUAUUUGCUUUAUUUUUUACACAUUUUACACUACCGUUCAUAUUUAAGAUAUGGUGCCAAUAUACAGCACAAAAUAAAUAUAAAAGAACAAUAAAAUGUCAGAUUUUUCUCAUUUUAAAUUAGUAAAAUCUGUUAAUGCCUAGGUAAAGAAAAAUAAUAGCAAUGAUAGCCCGAGGUGAACCUCCUUAUUUUAUUUUUUUAUUUCAACAAUUUAUAUACUUCUUAAUUAGUUGACAUGUACAUCAAACUCCACAAAUACAAUAGAGGUAAAAAAGAGAUGCUGACUAAAUAUCAGGAAGAACUUUGUGACAGUCCAUCUGUCAUGAAUGUUUUGGUUGAAACUCCUGCAUUCUAGAGUGUUGGACUAGAUGCUUCUUUCAACUCUACAGCUCUAUGAUUCUAUGUUUUUAUGAUUCUAUGAUUAACAUGCUUGCUGAAAUAAAAAAAGAAGUCUUCAGUAGGUACUGGAAGUGCGAUAGGGAAGAAGCUGAAUGUCUGCAUCUAAGCCAUGGGUUACCACUAGGAGUGACUCCCCCAAAGACCUUGACGAUUGGGCAGGGAUGUAAAGGCAGCUAUUCCCUAACUCUGGUGCCACUGCUGAAAAAGUCUGCUCCCUUCUAUAUUUUUAUACCUUGGAUAGAAGAGCUACAUAGUAAUUACCUUGGCAUUUGAUUUUAAAGAAUGGAUAUGGAAUAGAUCCAGGCUGAGUGAAGAGAUAUAAAUGGUCCCACGCUGUGUUGCUGGCUCUGUGAACCAAUCAGGUCUUCAUCUAUGGAGGCAUCAAAAUACUGUCAAGUCUGUAUGUUUUCAGUGUCUUUGUUUCCCUGCCCCAUAGGAGAAUGACUCAGGAACACUGGAUACCGUUGGAGCAGUUGUUGUUGACCAGGAAGGAAAUGUCGCUGCUGCAGUGUCCAGUGGAGGCUUAGCCCUGAAGCACCCUGGACGAGUUGGUCAGGUAGGUCUUAGUAGGGUUUUCAUGUUGAGUUGCAUUUUACCCUAAGUGUUCCCAACUUGCUGUGAAAGAGAAAACUGGCUGGGUGACAUUCUUUACAACUUAGGAAAAGUAGUGUUUAUGAGAAAGCUGUGUUUUACGUGAUAAAUCAUUGUAAGUGGGAAUCAGCCAAAAGCUCGAUAUCAUAAGCAGAGUCAUAAUUUUGGGUAUGGGUUUAGGUUAAAAAAAAAGGUAAAGGACCCCUGGCAGUUAAGUCCAGUUGCAAACGACUCUAGGGUUGUGGUGCUCAUCUUGCUUUACUGGCCGAGGGAGCUGACGUUUGUCCGCAGACAUUUUUUCCGGGUCAUGUGGCCAGCAUGACUAAGCUGCUUCUGGCGAAACCAGAGCAGCGCACGGAAAUGCCAUUUACCUUCCUGCCAGAGCGGUACCUAUUUAUCUACUUGCGCUUUGAUGUGCUUUCGAACUGUAGGUUCGAACCGAACAACGGGAGCUCACCCCGUUGCGGGGAUUCGAACUGCCGUCCUUCCAGUCGGCAAGCCCUAGGCUCAGUGGUUUAGACCACAGCGCCACCCAUGUCCCGAGGGUAUGGGUCUAGGGUACAUAAAAAACUGCGUUUUGCUGAUUGAGAUGUUCCACAUUCCACUGCUGUCUGAAGUAUGGUUGGUAGCUACAUGGAACAGGGCUUUCUUGACCAUAACACCCAGAGUUCCUCUUCUGGAAAGUAUGCUGACAGCAGGUCUUGCAGAACGCACAGUUAAGAUGGUCUCUGGCCCCUUCAGCAUCAUCUUUUAUAAUUGGAGUAAGUCAGCUGGAAAUAGGCCAGCAAAGCAGGGAGCAGGACUUGCAGAGAAGGAAACCACAGAGACCAGCCGCAACGGUAUCAAUUUGUGUAUUUAAAAAAAAGCAAGCAGCAAAACCACCUUAAACACAUUAUUGGUAAUAGUAUUCCAGAACUCCCAAUCUUCCACGUGUUAGGUCGUUGCUUUAUCUAACUAGAUGUCCAGACUAGGAGCACAGAGAAGCGAAGGCAGCUGGAUGAUGGUGGUGAAAGCUUCACACUGCUCCUUCAACUACUUCACAGGCUUUUAUCCUAGGAGUGACCAUGUGCCAAGAGUUCUUACACUUUGCUUAGUCUCUUGAUAUGUGGCAUUAGACUGAUUUCUUGAUUGCAGACAUUAUCUUGGAUUAGAAGACCUUUUAUUGAUAUGUAACUACAGGUCAUAAACUUUUGGCCUGAUCAGAGUGCCUCUAGGCAAAUGGACACAAGCACCCUAGAACAUGCCAUUUCAUCGUCCAAGGAAUGUUCUUUUCCUUUGAUCUGAUUGUUUUGCUUAAAGGCAAAGUCCUAUUUAUUUGAGAGCACCUUUAGCAGCUACAAUUACUUCCCCUCUUUGGCUCUUGCAGAGCCCACUUUUGUUCGAAAUCAUUUGCCUUUCUCAUUCAUACAGUUUAUAAUUCAUUACAUUUAAAACAGUAAUAGUACAAAGUAGGUCGAAACCUUCAUAAAAAUACUCAAGUGUAUUCAUAAAAUUUUCAGAUUCUCAUUUUGCAAAAUCAUAUCUGACUUACUGCACAUUUAAAUGGGUCUAGAUAAUCAGUAUCAUUUUUAGAGUUCCUGGAGCUGUCCAGCAACCAACUGCUUGAGCAUCUUGCUCAGAAAGGGUGUUUGUGAUCACCCUAUAAUGAUUACAUUUUUCAAGGUUUGGAGAGACCUCUUUUAGGAGUGGUCUCUUAACUGCUUAUUUCAGGGUGCCAGGGAUACCCUCUUUCUCUCUAAGAUAUUUAUCACUCCCUAGAUCCAGUGUUCGCAAUUCCCAUUGUUCUAGGCAUUUUGCGACAAGGAAUUUCAUUAGCGUGAGCAGUUUCUGAGCUCUGGGCGCAGUACUGCACCUAAGAUUUCAGAUUAAAACUGUAGAGUGCAAGGAAAGAGGACCUUUUUCUGCCUUCCCACUUCCAGCUACUCUCUGAAGACUGGAGAAGAGGCCCUCUUUUAAAAAUUAGGCGGGUGGGCAGGGGAAGGACUAGAACAUGUGAAAAUAAUAAUUUAGCUGCAGUUCAUUCAUUUUCAGCUUUGUAUUCUUGUUAUAAGAAAGCAUGCCUAGACAUUCCGUUGUUUUUCCUAUAACCUAGGUUUAAGGUGCCAUUUAGCUCCUAGCUUUCGUAUCUCAGUUUCUAACACUGCCUGGAUCCAACUAGUUAAUCCCCCUCUGCUAGCUGCAUGAGGAGAGAAGUGUUCUGGAUACCUCCCUGGAUUGAAGUGCCAAACUAGUGGCAUCCAUGUCAAGUUGAAUGCAAAGUACUUAGCAAACAUGUUACAGCGUGCCCUUGAGGGUACUUUCACAUUUCUAUGUAGGCCAAGCUGGAGAAACCCCCAGACCUCCUGGAAAAAGCACUACAAGAUGGCAUGCUGAACAUGCAGUAAUGACAGGGAAGUAUGGUUUGUACACUGUCUUCACCACUGUUACCAUGUAGGCUUGGUAAUGGGUUCUCAUCUGUAUACUAUGGACCUAACAUAGAAUCAUCCACCACUUGCUUGCAUUGGACUGAGAUCAUUAUGUCUAAAAUGGGCCGUCCAUUUGAAUCACAUGGAUGAAAGACCUGACUAUACAAUUCUUACCAAUAUAGAGGUAUAUGGCACCUUUUGCAGAUGAACAAAGGAAAUGAUUCUUUACCCAAAAGUUUUACUUGGUGUAAAGGGGCAAAUAGUUACCUCUCUUUUGUAAAUCCUCCUUCUUCUUCUGUCAGGCAGCUCUUUACGGAUGUGGGUGCUGGGCUGAAAACUUGGGAAUUCAGAACCCUUACUCUACAGCUGUGAGUACCUCAGGUAUUUGCUGUUCUUACAAAUAUUUCACCGGAACUUAUUUUCCUUCUAUAUACAGUUUUUUGAAAUAUAUUCUUAUGGAUGGACCUAUAUGAAGUACUGGAAUAGAUUCUACUGUUUCCAUUAUCUUACUUAUUCAGAUUCACAUUAAUGGGAAGAUGAUGCUGUUACCAUAAUCAUAAAUGUGCAGAUUAACUUUGAUAUACAGAUACAUGCAAAAUGCAGCAAAAAUCAUGCUUGCUCCAGAUUAAAGAAUAAAUAGUUAUGAAACAUUUAUCUGUGCAUUUAACGACGCAAAACUAAAUGAUGGUUUAGUAUUGCACGAGCAAGCCUUGGACUUUUGUGCUCCCCCUUCACUUCUUUUCCAGUGCAGCCAUGAGAGGGAGAUUGGAAGCUCACGUUUUCUGUAUAUCACUUAUUUCCAAACCCCUAAUUAGUUAGCCUUGAUUUAGUUGUAAUUUUAAACCAUGGUUUAAACCAUGGUUUGAAGCGGCUUUAUCAAGAUAUGAGUACCAGCACUUCAUGUUUUACACACACAAAUAGAGGGGGGAGGCACUGACUAUACCAAUGGUUGCUAAUAAACUCAUUUCAAAAUUUGGAGGUGUUGUAAUGGAAAAUUAACUUUGGCUUUAUCUUCCUUGAACUGCUGUUGAGAAGUAACUUGUUUUAAGGAGCCUCGUGGAAUUUAUAUUCUUUAUGUAAGCAUUAAUACUUAUGCAAAGAAAGGGGUGCCUAGUGAGCGCUUGUUAUAUCUCGAUGGGAAUUCUAUUCUGUAGAAUAGGGGCAGCCACACUAAAAACCCUGCUCCAAGUUACUGCAGAGUGGGCUUCUGAGAUCUUUGGAAUUUGCAGGAGAAACUGCCCUGUAGGUUGCAGCAAUCUGCUUUGCAUAUGCAGUCUAUGUUGUUAGAAAUCCUGAACAAGGCUAGUCAUAGAUUUUCAUUUAAAAUGUAGUUGUAGUAGGGGUUUUUUUUUGGGGGGGGGGUAGAAAGCAAAUUGUGCCUUCUUUCCACUACUGUAGUAUUACUGUAGUAACACCAUCUCAUACUCUAAAUAUCUUGCCUCUCUCUUGCUUCCUUUUCUUCACUCCUUACUAUCAUAUUGUAGAGUUUAAACUUGUCAAGACAGUGACCUGUCUUUUCCCCCUACUGCUCUAUGUUGCAUAAAUCAUAAUGAUUGGUAUAACCCUUCUGUUAGCUCCUGACAAUCAAGUAAAAUAACAAUUGAUUUAUCUAAAUCAUGCUACCAGAGUUUCUUUCUACCUACCAGAGUCUUUAAGCCAUGCUUGUUCCUAAUUGCAUUAUUCAAAAAAUUAUUUUUCAACAAUGUUGAAAUCUCUUCAAAAUAGGUUUGCAUCUACAGUAUUAUAUGUAUAUAUAGAGAGAGAAGGAGAGAGUUUUAUCAAGAAUUGUUCCUUGAAAACAGCAGGGAGAAUAGGGAGAUACUAUAGUAUGUACACGUAUGUAGUUUUAUUUAUGUAUUAUUUACUAUUUAUCAUUGUGACUUAAAAUGCUACGUUGAGAAACUCUUUUCAAAAUACUACAUAGCAAGUUUUGAUAUACUAAUGAGUGCCACCUCUGAAGUAGUAUACAAUGCUGAUUGUUUUUUUUUAUAGUGUUGCGUAGCAGAUAACAAUUUUAAUGUCUUUGUGUGCAGUUCUGUUUUUGUUUAGAUUCCAGAGCUGUUUUGCUAUUGCGGCAAGAGUAUCUAACAAUAGCUCACGAGCUAUUAACGUGCUGCCUGACUUUCUCCCUCAUAGCCUUUUGCAUAUGGCUUGCAGAAAGAGGGCUUGGGUUUUCAUUUCUCCCUCCGUUCAAUAGGAGUUGCUUUCAUGUUUGAAAAUUGAAAACGUGUGUGUUUCAGUGUGGUGUAUGAAUGUGGGUGCCCUCUGACACACCUGCUUCUAAUUUCCUGACUUGAAAGGAAAGCCCAUCAAAAGAAGCAGAAAACCGUUUCUGUGACAUGCUGCUCUGAAACCCUUUUGCUUUACAGAAGUUCUUUGCUAUGCCAUCUUUAUUCCAUUGCUAGAUGACUCUGAGGUGCAGGGCUGGAAUAAUAAGUAAUGUUUUACUUUAUCCUAUGCUGAGGUUUUUUUUAAGGCUCUUGUUGUGGUUACUUUAAAGUGCAGAAAUCUGCUUAGGGGGAGAGCAUGGUGUAGGUGCUGGGCUUUGUGACAAGCUCAAACGAGAAACAAUACAUAUGUUAGUAAAUGGUCAUGUAAACUGAUAAAGCGGGUUACACUGUUAACAGUUAAACUUUGCAUGUUUUCAGUGUUUCAUUGUAAAAUACCUGAAAUACUGCCAGAACUGAAUGGUGUGCCCUCUAUAAAUGAUUUCCUGGCUUAAUAAUGGCAAAGCAAAAGAUGUUAGAUACGUUUUGAGGACUACUGUAAUGUACACUGUGCCUGUAAAUGCUUCCUCCAACUUUGGAAGCAACUCAUUAUAAUGAGUAAAUGAGAACCAAACUCCACGUUAUGCAGGAGAUCCACAACGUUUUCUUUCCUCGCGUUGAAACCACACGGGGCUGCCAGUUUGACUAAAGUGGUGGCUGGGGGAGGAGGUGUUGAAUGCUCUCUCUCUCUCUCUCUCUCUCACUUAUCUGCUGCUUGCCCCGUGAGGGAAAUACGAAAUCAUCUGGAGAAGUUUGAAUAUACCUAAUAGUUACUUGUUUUCUGAAAUGUACACAGUAAAGUGGCCAAUAAAUCCAACAGAUUAAAAAAACCCAAUUGUGGCCUAAAAUGUUCUGCAUUUGUGGGAUGCCUCAAGUAAAUAAAGCUCAGAGGCAGAUAGUAGAAGAGGUGGCAUUGCCCUGAUCUAAGGCUGUGUGUCAUGAGCUUUCCAGUGAUACUUUGCUGGGCUAGUGUGGCAUAGAUUAUGUACUGAAGUAAUAAUAAUUUAAUUUUAUAUCCCUAUCAAAGGAGCCCAGGGCAGUGAACAACAAGCAAAUACAGUCGUACCUCGGAAGUUGAACAGAAUCCGUUCCGGAAGUCUGUUUGACUUCAGAAAUGUUUGACUUCCAAAGUGUGGCUUCUAAUUGGCUGUAGGAAGCUCCUGCAGCCAAUCAGAAGCCCCGCUGGACGUUCAGCUUCCAAAAGAACGUUCAAAAACCAGAACACUCACUUCUGGGUUUGUGCUGUUCAGGAGCUGGAAUGUUCGACUCCCAAGGCGUUUGGGAGCUGAGGUACGACCGUAAAAUCAUUAAAAUUCCAGUACAGAUCCAGAAUGAGAAAGGUCUCACCUUAAAUGGCUUGCUAGAAGAAGAAGGUCUUCAGUAGGUGCUGAAAAGACAACAAACGAUGCCUUGUCUAAAAUUGAAAAGGGAGGAAUUUCCAAAGGGUAGUUGCGAUGAUAUUAAAUGCCUGAUUCUUACAUGGUGUGAAAUGGAUCUCCUGAUAAUAAGGUAUCUGUAGAAGACUGCAGAGUGCAGUGACCAACUGAAUUUAUAAGGGGUGAGACAAUCCUUCAGGUAUUGACAUUGCACAUAGUGCACAGAAACACCUCACAGCAAAAUUAUUCAUUUGCAGUGCAGAGAAAAAAAAUCCAAGCAAACCUUCCAUAUUACUUGGAGGUAGGAUGUUCAGAUGAAAACAGGCAUGGCAACUGCGUGACAUAUUCACCUGCUGAAAUUCCCUCUUCUACACAACCCUUAAAGAUGCAGCAGCCCUGUCCUCUUUUUCAUAUGGCCAUCCUCUUUGAAGGUAAUGUAACUUUCAGCACAAUCCUAACCAUUUUUAAAAAGAAAAUCCCAUUAUGGUAUGUGUGUCUAGGAUUGCAGCCUUUGCCAAACAGUCCUAACACUGGCAAGUUGACAGGCCAAAUUCUGAAUUCACAGGUUUUGCUGAAAGGAUUGAAGUGAGAGGAAAUAUAUGGUGUAAACCAACCCAGAGCACUUGAAAUCUAGAGGGGAGGGGAGGAAAGAAAGCCAGGUAAAAAUAAACUGUUUUGAGCAACCUGAAUACAUCUCAUUCAGAUACCAUUCCAAAAGCAUCUGAUCACUUUCAAAUCUGGGUAACUUCUCUUGGUGGUUUCUUGUCCUUUAUGUAUACCUUAUGGUCAUAUCUGGAAGGACUUCCAGAGUCUUUCUCUGGAAUUGUGCAAGCCCUUCACAUUGAAUCCAUUUUAAUGGCUAGAAGUAAGUUGGAACAGUGAAUUUUUGGCUGAAUUUAUGGGGAUUAAACAAUCUUGGUGUGUGUUCUCCUUUUAGCCCAGUAUAUUAUGAGCCAAAUUAACUUAAAGGCGUGUUUCUUUUCUCUCUCUUUUGUCCCUUGCCAAAUAAAAAUAUUUUCCUAACAUAUUAGUGCAGUACUGUAUUGAAAGUAGACAAUCCAGUUCUGCAGACGCUUUGGGGUACUGGUGGCGGCUCACACAACUGAAUUAUUCUGCAUGCAAAAAUGAUGUCUUGGAAGUCUAGACUAGAACCCUAGUUUUAUGUGUGGAGAGAGUUCAGUUACGUGAGCCCGCUGCACUGAAGUGGUAUAGUUAAGACACAGGUUUGGUUCAAUCUGAGAGCGAGGCCAGUAUUUAGAGACACUCCUGUGUUGCAUGUGUAAUAGAAAUAAGCCGUCAUGCAAGGUUUAUUUUCGUUUUCAAAGCAUAGAAGUUAAGUCAUAGCUCAGGUAGAGCAUUUACGAGGGAGGAAGCCACAACACGUGUGUUUUCUGUGGCACACAGUUUUUCUUUGUCAGCCGUACAUUUAUGGAUAGAAUGCGCAAAAAUGAUCAGCAUAAAAGAGCUUUCUGCUCAUCUACCAUCGGCUGGUAAAGUCAGAGGGUGUGUCUUUGCUGCCUGGCUGUGUUCUGGAGUUCCUUGAAGUCUGCCAACAAACUUGGAGGUGAAAAGGACUGGGUGUAUUACAGCUGGCAAACUCUUACAGCCGAAUCCAAGGUUUGCGGCUGACUAAAUUUCUGGGAUCCUGUCUGUUCCAUUCAAUUUGAGAAACAGGUUCACCGUUACUCUGUCUGAGCCCAUUGUAGCACAGUUAUCUCCACAAGCACUAUGUUAGUCAGCUAUCGUUGUUACCUGUUACCUUUUUCAUGCUGAAAAAGAUCUGCCACCUUGAAUGAAGCCUCUGUCCUGAGAAUGGCAUUGGGAAUAAAGUUAAUUAGGAGCAUCUGUGGUCUUAAAAAUCACAGAAAUCAUAACUAAAUAUAUUGAAAUGACAAAGCAAAGGUGCUUGCUGGUGUGCUUGAGUCAGACACCAUUCUGGAAAAUGUUCUGCCCUACUUUCAUUAAAGUACAGUGGUAUCUCGGGUUACAAACGCUUCGGGUUACGCUUUUUCAGGUUGUGGACCGCAGGAACCCGGAAGUACCGGAAAGGGUUACUUCAGGUUUCGCCGCUCGUGCAUGAGCAUAAGUGUUAAAUCACGUCACGUGCGUGCGCAGGUGCAGCGCUGCAGGUUAUGAAUGCUUCGGGAUCACGUCCGCAACCCGAGGUUCCACUGUACAGACCUAGGGUGUAGCUUUUUAACCCUUUAAAAUGGAAAUAGGAGGGUUUUCCAGUUAAUGGCUUUCCUGGCAUCUGGUUGAGGUGAGUGAGGAGAGAAAUGUUGCCUUAAACUUAGUUAUACUGGCUCUUAACCAAUCCCCCUAACCAAUCUGUGAAAAUUCUGACAUCAAAAGGUUUCUGUAUUUCUAAAACUGGUAUAUCUUUAACUGAUGCACAACUAUGUGCUUCCUUGAGUGUCUGUAUAAAUUGGACUUGACAGUUAAUCGAUAAAAAAGGUCUUAACUUGAGGUUAGGGAAGGCAUGGAUGAGAGAAGGGUUAUCAAACACUUUGUACGUUGACACUUGAGGCCUAAAUAAGUAGGCGUUUUCUUGAAAGUAAGCCUGUUGGGUUGUACUUGACACAACAGCCUUCACUGUGCUGUGGAAUCCUAAGUCAUUGUGAAAUACGAGUUAAUACAGAAUAAAACUGAUGCCUUCACUUUUUAAAUGUUUUCUUUUCCUUUGCAUUAUUUUCCUGCUUUGUUCAUAUGUCUUAACUUUCCGAAAUCUUUCUUGGGAUUUGCGCAGAGACAAGAUUGCAAUGAUUUGCCCCCAAAAUUUGUGUUUAGUGCUUUCCCCAAUCAUACAAAUAUAGGUUAACCAUGCUUGUUAAUGUUUUGUGUAGGUUGUGGGGAGCACCUUGUACGGACCUUAUUGGCCAGAGAAUGUUCGUGUGCUUUGCAAAAUGAAGAUGCUCAUCAGGCUCUACUAGAAACUAUGCAAAACAAGUUUAUUAGUAAGUACAAGAUUUGUUAGCAGAUCUCUGAAGAGGCUAAGAGCUGGUGUCUGUCUACUUCUCUUCUGAUCCUCCCCAAAGUGACACUUGUACCAGUGUUCCACUUCACAAACUUCCUAGCGUUGCUUCAAGUGGGUAUUCUUAGAAUGUCCCCAUGCUCCCUUAAACACCAAGAAGCCAGUGUUUCAGAGUGCUGGUUAUUGGCAUUAAUGGAGUUCACCUUCUGUGUUAGAUGGAGACAGGUGUUGCUUCACAUCUGCAGAGCAAGCAGUUUCACUUAAACCUUUUACUCUGCACAGGCAGUUUUUAGUAAAUGUUUUAUAGAGCAAGUGAGGUGAGUCUUGCCAGAGGUGUAGCCAUGUUGUGCUGUUGUUGCAGCAAAAAAAAUGAGGCUUGUGACACUGGGAAGAGUAACACCUUGAUUAGAGCUUUAGCUUUUGGGGACUAAUACCUGCUCAAUGCAAUGCAGUCUAGUCUAUUUGGUGGGGGGGUUGAACUUCAGAGUUCCAGAAGACUCUGUUGUUUUUGUCUUAAGCCUGUUGCAGCAGAAAUAGUUUUGGUAUGUUAGGGGGUCUUGUGACACGAGCCGAUAGUUAUAGUGUGUAUAACACACACAUGAAAUAAUUCAGGGUAUAAAAGAGAGAUAUAAAUAGGCAAUAUUGAGGAACAUCUUGGUGGCUUUUGUGUUUCCUACUUUUUUUACUUCAAUACCUUUUCUUCUGUGCUAUCCUUCUGAUUCUUUGAUCCCACCUGCUUUGUUGUGUUGAUGUUUGAAAAUGAAAAUGUGUAGGUGGUUGAAUGUGUAAGAGGUUCGCAACAAAAUCCUAAGCCCUUAAUAGAAAUGGAAUUUUACCCAAAAGUUGUAACGGCUUAUGUUGAAGGGAUGUGUGCAUGUGUUGAAAAUAUGGAUUAAGAAUGUUUCUAUGAAACCAUUUCAACCAACUUCUCGUUGACUUAAACUAUUAGGACUACUAGUACUACUAUUUUCCGUUUGGGAUAGCUUGCUAAAUAUGGGCAACUUUUUCUGUUGAAAGUUUGCCAUUAGUUUUUAGGCAAGAAAAAGCCCUUUCAAGAAGUGACAGAAUGAGGAUUACUGAGUAGAUUUCUUGUCAUAGUAGCAGUGUUUGAAUUAGAAUGAUCUUGUUUUGGCUUGGCUCUCAUUAUUCCUGGAAAUACGUGUUUUAUUUAUGAUUAAAAGGACAUUAAUGCUCUUGUUUUAUGUGAGGGCUCCUAAAAAAGAAAUCUGCCUUCUUUGCAAAAUCUAAGAUAGCCCUAACCUCUAGUUUAUCUUCUGUCACAUUAGUCACCAAAACAAACAAUGAAAAAGUGAAUGGCUCUUUAACUUGAUUAAGACCUUGAUGUAAUUUUAACAACAUCCUGAAUAGUUUCCCUCCCCAGUAACUACUUCACAAAACACUACUGUAUUUUUAUAAGAAUGUUUAUGAAAGGGAUGUUUAGAGCCUUUUAAAGUACAACACAUGCCUUUCUGUGCUGAUAACCUUGUGUGAAGGUGGAGGGAGCCCUACUGUGUUUUAGCUGAAAUGUUGAAAGGGAACUUUUUAGAGACAGAAUAUUUCAGUGUUGGGUCCAAAGAAUCCUGAAACCCCAGCAUAUGGUUUGCUAAAAGCUGCCGUUUCUCGGAAUCGGCACAGCUAACUUUUUGCAAAAGUACACCUAAGAGGUUAUGCAAAAAUACUGGGCAUAUGCUGAAUAGCUCUUUUCUUAAAAACUUUCCUGCUGUUGAUUUUAAAUGAUACAAAAGUUUGCUUGAGGUGUAAUGUAUGAUGCAGGUUUUCCCUCUCCUAUGAAAUAACUGUGAAUAAAAUAGGCUAAUAGCCUUCUUAUGACAGUAUGACUUGUUCUCAAAUUUUUUUUUUUUUAAAAAAGUAGCAUGCUUUAUGGUAACAUUAAAAUGUCUACUAUAACAGUACAGAUCUUUAGAGAAAUAAUAGCUCGGCAAGAAAUAACUGAAAAGGAUAGUCAGAACUGAAAAUAUUAGCCUCAAGGGCAGCUGAAUACAGCUUUUUUCCACCACACUUCUGCUGAUGUUCCUUCUCCCCCCCCCCAACUUUUUUUCAUAAUUCAGAUAUCUACAGAGGCUUGGGAAGAUUUCUUCCCACUUAGGAAUACCUGACUUAACAUCUGGAUAUUUUUUUAAAAAAAAAAAAAGUGAUGGGCAGAAUUAGUGGCAGAUGGUCUUUUGUCAUCUGAUAUUUAUAGCAAGCACUGCGGAGGACAUAAAUGAUGAUUGAGUUAACAGUAGAGUACCUGGUUUGUUUAUUUUUUUUAUACAGAUAGUUUAAUGAAGAUGUAGGAUGAUGUACACAAUGGUCUGAUGCAGAGUGGAAAUGGUAUUCUGUAUACAUAAGCAUAUUUCAUAAAGAACAGUGGAUUUUAUAACUCGUCUAGUCCUUUCAAAUUCAGCCAAGUUUGUGGAAUGCAGCUUGUGGAAUGUUUAUCCUGUUUUGCAGGCAGGCAGAUUGGGAAGCUAACAAUGGAAAUAUGUGUAGAAUUGCAUGUAAAGUACUUUUAAACCUUUGGAAACCUGAUAGUGGUGUUUUUUCGUGUGUGUUUUUUAAUGCUUGCAUUGUUUUGCAAAGGGAGUAUUUAUUUGAAUCUUCUCCUUGCAGUUUUAUCAUUUUGUGGUGGCUGCUUCUGUGGCCAAAAAGGAUGCCCCACCUCCAGAAUGAAGCAGCUGUCUUGCUGUCCCCAUGGUAUCAUCAUUCAUCAGGCAUAGACAGAUGGAAGCGUUCUAAAUAGUCCUUUACCUUCAGAUAUACUUUUUUUUUAACCAAGAGAAGGAAGGAGGUCCCAUCAGCUAGCUCAUUGUUGAUGCCCCACCCUGUAAUUCUGUAUGGGAAGAAUCCAAAUUGCCCUAGAGAAGCAUUAAGGAGAGCAACAGACCUAUCAAAGGUCCAUAUAGUUUUGGGGUAGCAGCCUUUCCUUUUGGUUGAUGACAUCUAGCCAGGACACCCUCUCACAGAGCUACAGUUCCCAGCACUUUUAAGCUACAGUUCCUACAAUUCUUUGGGUGAAGCUACAAAUGUUAAAGUGGUAAAAGAUUGCUUUAAAUAAAUGGUGUGGGUGUUAGUCUAGGUCUGUCAAUCAAAACCUUCUUACUGGCUUUCUCUGCUGUCCUGAAGCGCUCACCCUGUUUCCUUUGUUGUACCACCUCCUUGAUGAUAUAAAAAAGGGGGAAAUGUUAACCAGUGGCGGGGAAAGUUAUUAUUAUUUGUUUCUGUGCAGGAUGCCUAAUUAACAGUAGCUAACAAGUGAGUUUGUUUUUGUUGAAGAAAAUGCUUUCAUUUCUUCAAUAUACUCUGAAAGUACAAAAUGAUUUUUAAAUUGUAAGUAUGGAACUUCAGGCAUACUGAAACAUGCAUGCAGAACCAAGUAUCCUUUCCAACAUUAUCAUGGGCACGCAAGCGAAUUGUUUUUUAAAAGGAAAAUGGAAAUUCCUUCAUCAUUUUUCUCCAUGAAACUCAUUAGCUAGCUUGAAGCCUUUUGAUUAUGGAACUUUAGAACCCUAUAAAGUCUAGUUUAAAAAGUACACUUUGUUUUCAGUUCUGACCUAGAAACAGUAACACAUGCAUUCACAUCAUUAACAUGGGAAGGAAAAACCUUUGAGUGGAGACCUGGCUGUUCCAGCCCCCACCUCGCCAAAGCGUACUGUGAAGUAGGUCUCAAAACCCUUGUUGCCAUGCAAGCGGAGCCAAAGGUCUAUUGAAUUUUUGGAUUGUUUCCAUCUAACUUGGUUUAAAAGCUGUUCUAAAAAACAAACAAAACAAAACCUUGGAAUCUGAUUGGUACCAAAGAAUUAUUGGCAUGAUCAUCUGUCUCCCUUGAGCAUAUGCCAUCUAAACCGUGCGUUGUCCCAACUAAAUAUUGCUGUUGCAUAAAGGCAAUAUUUUUGUGUGAUAAUUGAUAACAUUUAGCCAACCAUUUUUCUUUAAAAGAAAGUAUUUGUGUACACAGUUCUGUAGGAUGAAAACUAAACUGGUGAUCCGUAUAAAUUUAUUAGACUUACUUUUGGCAUUUGUUGCAUUACAGACACUGUAGAGGCUGUUGAAAACAUUUCCGAGCAGUUUCUAGCACAAAUACUGCUUUGCAGAUGUUAUAUUUGUACCUGUGCACAUACAGUAUAAUGUAUAGCCUUUAAGACUGACAACAGACACUGCAGAGAAGAAAAACACUUUUUCUUACGUAUCCAAUUUAAUAUUGCAGUAUGUUGAUCCACAUUCAUGUUUCAUAAAGUUAUGACAGAAAACUCAAUUUGUAUGUGAAUACAGGUGUCUCCCCACUUAUGCAGGGGUUACGUUCCCAGGUACUGCGGGUAUAUGUUAAAUAGUGGGGAACACCAUCUAAAAAGCCUGUAAACACCCUCUAAAAGCCUGGAACCUCAUGAAAAAACCCCUUUAAAAAGCAGCAGCACUUACCAGACUGGUGUGAAUGGAGGCUCUCAAUCUUCCUCCUCGCUGGAGAGGACAAUGUGGAAACAACGGCAAGGAGGGUGGGGUAGACUGGUACCCUGAAAGGCCUGGCUCUGAUUCAGAGGUAGACUUCCUAGUGCUUGGCUGUGGGUCAUUUUUGCAGUUUCCCUGCUCUUUUCGGACCAUUUUUGCCGUUUUUGUGCCUUUUUACAGUUUAAAUUGUUUGCUUUAUUUCCCAGCACUAUGCAUAUAGGCGGUCACACAUGAGUCAAAAUGUGCGUAAGUGAGGAGACGCCUGUAUUUAUCUGUGUGUGAGAAUAAUAAAACUAAAUGGGAUGGCAUGCAGUCUGUUCUUGAUGGUAGAUACCAAGGAGUCAAAUAGUACAAUAAAUUAACUGGUUUUAUGUGUGCACUGAUUGAUACAUGUAGACCAGCAUCAAACCUAAGAACUCAUUUUCUGAUAAUAUGAAGUGGAAACUAAUCAGGUGAAACAAAAUUCUGAUCUUGUUUCGACAGCUGUGCUGAUCCAUUGGGGUAGGGGGAUUAUUUUGGCUGCUAUCCUUUAGAGCUCCUUUAGGACUUGGAGAUGCCAUUAGGACUACUGGUUUGUUUUGCUUUUUUGCCGUCAAUUUUCUACCCUGCUUUUUGGCUCAAAUGAGUCCCCAAGAGAUGUUGCAUCUUUUUGAACCUUUGGGCACAUCAGAAAUUUUGAGAAUGCUGUGGGUAUCAGCAUCUCUUGCUUCUCUUCUCCCUCUUCCAGGUCAUUUCUCCUGUCCCCAGACUGAAAGCAUACACAGAUGAUUCGCAGUUACGAAAAGCAACAGUGGUACUCACUACUGAGGAGGGUGGCUGCCUUUUAAACUGAACACUGGCCUAUCUCUUCAGCAGCAUUAGCUGCUAUUAUGAAAAGUGUACAGAAAGUAAAAACUCUUGCCCUUCCAAGUUUAUGAGGUUCCUUUUUGGAUCAGAGCCUAGAUCUACUGCAUCCCUUCCUCCAGAAAAUAAUGUAAUCUUCUCAAUAAAAGUUUAGAGUUGGGUUCCCCCCCCCCCAACACAAAUCUGGGUAACAUUUCCCCUCUGACCACCCUGUUGAUGCAAAUCAUGGUUGCUGUUUACUAUGUGUGUGUAUUUUUGAGUAAAUCUUUAUUUAUGAACAGGCUUAGAUGUUACUAUGCAGCUUGAAAUGUAGUAGAAAUAUUUAUAUUUCAAACUUCAAAGUCUCAAAAUACUGCUAGUAAAAACUUCAGUGAAUUCGAAAAAAGGCGUGACAAGUAUUCUUGAACUGCUGUUCACUUUCCGCAUAGUACUACUGCUACUUCUUUUACUUGAUGGUCCUGGCUACAAGACCUUCCUAGUCACAAUUUAUAUUAGCAAAUACCCAAAUUCAGAAAGUGUCAAGAUGUUUCACAAAUGGAUUUUCCUUUAUUGACACCCCCUUUCCUUCCCAGGAAAGAGAUGGUGCGUCUCAAGUAAUUUCACAUGCGUGUAGGCGCACAUCACAUGGUACAUGUUUUCCCCUUACACAGUAAAGAUGCUUUGAUAUGGAAAUGACAUGUUGCAAAGUUUCCUUUAUUGCACUAGAAUAAGUAAGAAUGAGGUUAGGAACCAGGAAUUUCUUUAUUGAAUAUGAACCUAAUAAAAUUCAUGUAGUAAUUAACGUUACUCAGCUAUGUUAGUUAUUAAAUAGUUACGGUGGGGAAAUGUUGCUUUUAAAAAAGAAUUGGGAAUAACAUGUUUAAAAUUCAUUGCGUCCUAGAGCAUAAACAAAGGACUAGUAGUAACAUGAUAGAUGGCAAAGAGCACGAUAGCUUGGUUAUGUUAUCCAUUUAUAUGUCGGAAUUGUUAAUUAACGUUAAAAAUUGUAUUUGAAGUCUUCCUGUUUUUAGUAUUUAAAGCUUUCCCCAACCUGAUGCCCUCCAGACUUUGUUGGACUACAAUAUCCAUCCAUUCUGACCAAUGGUCAUCCUGGGGCAGAUGGGCAUUAUUCAAAAAUACGUUUUUGAAGGUGGGUGGAACCUGCAAUCUGUUUAGAUAAAUUUAAAUCUUCAGAAAUCCAGAAUGAAGGGAAAGCCCAUGAGCAGGCUGCUGCAGCCUUUCUCGAAAUUAUUGUAACCAGAGUAAGUUCCCUCUUUGGCUUUUGAGGAGGGGUGGGCAGGCAUAUUGAUUCAUAAAGCCGGCCGUAAAAAAAUUGUCCCUUGAAAAAGUCAGACAUGCCUGGGUAGUUCAGUUGGUUAGAGUGUGGUUCUGAUAACACCAAGGUUGCAGGUUCAAUCCCCGUAUGGGACAGAUACAUAGAUGAUCCUCAGGAUCACUUCCAACUCUACAGUUAUAUGAUUCUAUCACUGUGAAUCUCCUAGGUCUCUCAGAUACUUUUUGGGAAGGUUAGGGGGUUCCUGGGGUCUUUGUGUUCAUUUGAUAGAUCAUAUUUCCCACCCAUUUUUAAGGUCCCGGAGCCUGGAGUACUCCUUAUUUGUCAGGCCCGGCCUCAAAGUUCCUGUUUGUGAGCCAGGCUCACAUUGGUUCCUAGGUUCUGUUCAGCGGCUGAGUUUUUAUCUGUGAAAGGUAGCUUAUCAGUUAAACAUUUUGCCUCCUCAAAACAUUUGUGCUCCUCAAAAGUUAAGCACCGGUAUUGGAGAAACUAAUUGUAGCUGUUACUUGGAGUAGUAAUUAGCUCAUGGCUUUGUGAAAUAGAUUGAACUAUAUCCCUAAGAUUAACGUUAUGUUACCUUCAUAUCCUUAGCUACCCAGCUAUGUACUGCAGACAUAUCUUGCAGCAAUCAUGAAGCAAACAGUGCUUUCUCACAUUUUGGUGGUUCUAGCUAGAGGCUUGAAGUUUAAAAUCUCUCUCAUUCUUCCCGCAUGGUGAAGAGAUUGGCUCCAGUACAAGCACUGUUACCCAUGCAAAUAGCAGAGUUUGGGGGGCUGCUCCAGAUUAGAGUUGUAGCAGGGAGCAAAAGGUUAACGCCCACCUCCAAGUGCUUGCUUUUUUUAAAAAAAAGCCUGCACUCCCAGGCUAAACAUAUGACAGUCACUUGUAGUGUGGCCCUAAGUUUUCACUUUUUUGGUGUGGUAUAAAGCAAUCUUUCCAUGAGUGGAAGGACAUCUGUUGAUAGUGGUCCAUAAAGCAAGUAAAGUUAGUUGCACUUAAAGUCCCAUAGAAAUCAGUGGGACAAGCUAGUUAAACAACUUGAUUGGGCUGCCACCUAGAUUGAUGUUUCUAGCCUCACCCCACCCCACAAAAAAUUACGGUGUUAAUAUUUAGAGUGCUCAGGAUUUUACUUGACUAAUUGCUAAUUGAUUUGUGGAAUCUCAGGAACUUUUCUGCUAGAGUGUGACAGUCUGUGGAAUGGAUACCAAAAUCCUUGAGCACUUCUUUUGGGAUGGGUGUAGAGACUGAAUUCUGUUUCAGUCAGUGCUGCUGCUCAAGGCCUCUUGGCCUCCAGCAGCUUUUGCACAGGAUCUACAUUCAGUGUUUUGUACCAUCUUUGUGCAGAGUACUCAAAGACCUUAUGAUGAAAAAACACAUCUUUGUCCAAGGUUAAAAAAAAUUGUCAUAAACGUACGUUUUUUCAAGUAAAAAUAAAUGAAAUGGUUGUGUUUCACUGUUGUUGCUCAAUAUUUAGGGCAAUAAACAUUUAGCAAAUGUGUGAUCAAAGACUUUUUGGCCUUAACUAACUUGUUACAUUUGCAUUUAAUCUUGUGGCUUAAGAUGUUUAGGUCAUAUUUAAACCAUAAAAUACUUUCCACGUUCUGAAAGCGUAUGACAUUAAUUUCAAGUCACACAAAAGGGGAAUGCAUAAGUUUUAUUUGGCUAAUUUAAAAAUAAUUACAGCUUCUGGUAUAGCACCUUUUUUCAAAAAAGCAUGUUUUGAAUUUGAAAGGAAACAUUUGUCAGACAGUUGUUUUCUGCUCUCUUGCCAACGUUUCUGACAGGCUUCUCAGCUCGGAAAGCACAGGAUGCAAACAGCAAUGACUUUGGCCAGCUUUUUUUAGUAGUGGGUACUGCAACUCGUAGAAGUCCCAGUAAUUUAGGACCUGCUGUUUAUUGUCACUUCAGUGGUAGCGUGCUUAUUCUUCUUUGAAAACACAAGAAAAGAAUGUUUCAAAAUGCUUUGAAGAGUGGCUGAAAUGCUUCAAUCUGAGUGAGUGAUCCAUGCCUCUGGCAGUAUGGGAUGGGAUUCUGUAGGGAGCCCCUGGGCCUAAUGCUGUCUUCUAGGCCACUCCUCUGUCUGAGGCCAUACCCAUCAAUGGCCCUCCUCUAUGGCCUUAGGGCAACCCAGUCAGAUGGCUGGAAUGUGUGUUACUGCCAGUUGCUUGCCUGGGUGGAGAGAUGUGUGUGCAGAAACCUCUGACUUCUCUAUGGCUCGAAUGUGCUGUAUAGUACUCCUUGGUGUACAGAGGUUAAGAAUCUCCACCCACUUUUGUCUCUGGCUUUGCCCAGCACUUGCCUGCAGCCUCCAGAAGUUUGCCCAGGAGGAAAUGUGACCCUUGAGCUGGAAAAGAUUCCCCACCUCUGCUAUAGGGCUUAAUUGGAUCCUCCCUCCCUUUCCUAUAUGGUGCAGGGUAUACCGGAACACAAACAAGCUCUUAACUUUACAUGUGUACUGAGUAACCUGCACUGCACAACCUUGGACAGGAGUGAGGUGGUUGAUUCUACAUAUGGGAGACACAUGUUGGCCUCUAUGGGAAGAUAAUGACCGCAUGCAUUAGCAUGCGUCUUGCAGUAAACGCUCCUGGUUGAACAUGAAUUGUAUCUUUUAUCAUUUCCUCUAAUGAGAAAUGUAAUGGGCCUAAUUUGAUGUGAAGGACAGAGAAAUGGGACCACCAGCAGACAAGGGAGAUUUUUUAUUUUAUUUUUUGCAUACUCAAGUGAUUCCUCAGAUACACAGAAAAAUGCUACUUGUUUUAAAACAUAUGGAGGCAAAUUUGUACUAUAUAGUGCACUUUUUAAAAAUUGAUUUUCAUUGUUCUCCCCCCCCCCCCGCCCCAAAUUUCCACCCAGGUUCACCUUUUCUAGCCAACGAGGAUGGUGUUCUUGGAGGUGUGAUAGUUCUUCGAUCUUGUCGGUGUUCUGCAGAGUCGAACUCUCCACAGGAUAAGCAGUCUCUACUAGGUAAGUGUGCGAAGAAAGCCCUACUGAAUAUCUUAUUUUUAAGUUCUUUAAUUUAGAUAUAUUACAUUAACUACAGCUUGUGAGAGCUGGGGGAAGAUGAAUGGACGUCAACAAAUUACAACUCAUAUCAAUUAGUUAUAGCCCAUAAAGCUGUCUAGAUGUCAGAAUUUUACUAUUGGCUGUUUCCAGUUUCGUUCCUCCAUUUGCGGAAGACUGCUUGUUCCAUGAAAGGUUUCGAUGAGUGAAAGCAGGAAGAAAGCCGUUUUUGCCAAUUAUUCUUUUCUUACUCUGCCCCCUCCCUGCUUCGUGCUACCUUACAUUCUGUUUUCAAGGGUUCCCUGAGCCCCUGCAAUGGAAUGUGACUGGGAGAGUGCAGGGUGCUGCAGGGGAAAUUGGUGAAAAUUGCCUCUUCUAUUCACCAAAGACUGUGGGGGAUAGUAUGUGGCUAGGGUCUUCUACUAUGCUCUCCUGAAGGGAAGACAUGGAUAAUCCUAGCUAUCUGCCUGUAAUUUAGCAUGAUUUCUCUUGCUAUCUGUGAGCAUGGCUCUACAUGGGCUUUCUUUUACACUUAAUAAGUAAAGCAUUACUGUUGUGUUUAAACCCAUAGUAGAGUUCCUGUGGAGUCAUACAACAGAGAGCAUGUGUGUCGGGUAUAUGUCAGCACAGGAUGGCAAAGCUAAGGUAAGUCACAAAUAAUACUUAGCACAUGGGUAGGCAAACUAAGGCCCGGGGGCUGGAUCCUGCCCAAUCGCCUUCUAAAUCCGGCCUGCGGACGGUCCGGGAAUCAGCGUGUUUUUACAUGAGUAGAAUGUGUCCUUUUAUUUAAAAUGCAUCUCUGGGUUAUUUGUGGGGUCUGCCUGGUGUUUUUACAUGAGUAGAAUGUGUGCUUUUCUUUAAAAUCCAUCACUGGCUUAUUUGUGGGGCAUAGGAAUUUGUUCAUUUUAUUUUUUUUUCAAAAUAUAGUCCAGCCCUCCACAAGGUCUGAGGGAUAGUGGACCGGCCCCCUGCUGAAAAAGUUUACUGACCCCUGACUUAGUGUGUAAAAAAUUGUGGUUAUCUUGGGGUGUGUUUUCUCCCUAUCCUUUUCUUGUACCAAAACAAAAAUAAAGGAUGCUGAAGGGUUGUAAAUUUCCUGGUUGAAUUUGGAUUCUAUCUUUCCAUGUCCAUACCAAGCCUUGGCCCAGUUCAGAUAUCAUGGCCAUGCUAUUUGUUCAAUGAUCACAGGUGCUUAUUUGUGUUUAUGCACCAUCCCCUUUUCCUAAGUUGUUCAUACCAUAGGCCACAGGGUGCUCCCAAUUACUAAAUUAUGCUUGGCCAUGAUGUCUUAAGUGGGCUUCUUUCUGGCAUAGCAUACCUGAAAUAGUGACUAUAAGCAAUAGAAAAUGAAUAGUGUUCUUCUGCAAAUCCACUUUAAAAAAUAUUGGCAAGAGCAUUUCCUUUUGCUCCUUCUGCUUUGUCAAGUUGAAAGUUGCAUUCAGAUCUUUGACCUCUGAAUACUUUUGGGAUCAGAGUUAUGGAAUAAAGCAAAAGUAGAUGCACUGAUGAAGUGAAACUGAUGUAAAUAAGUUUCAAUGGCUUGUAAGAAGAUGGAAGUGGUGGGUGGAAAGUUAAGCCUGCCUCUGAGAAAGCUAAGGAACAAUAAGCCUGCCCAUUGAAUGGUCUAGAUACAAGCAACACAACUAUGUCUGGGUUGCUUUUUAAUCAGGUGUUUUCAGUGAGGAAGUAAAGUUAAAGAGACAGGUUUUCCUUUCAAGCUUUUAUUUUAACAAGUCAUAUUGCAAGCCAAACUAGUACAGUUCAGUUGCUGAUUUAGCCAUAUGUGAAUAUUUUAUGGCAUUGUAAAAAAAAAUACAAUAAAAAUAUUCCUUAUCAAAAGGAAUCUGCCGCUUUGAUGCCUUGCUCUUCUGGACUUGUGUUAUGACACUUGAUACAGAUUCAGAAAAAGAAGACAUGUCAAUCCUUCAGCUUGCACUCUGCGCCCUUGUUCCUUAUGACACCUCACAGUAUCCAGUUUCCUGCAUCCAAAUGUCUUUAUGCCAAGAAAAAUGGCUUAUCUCCCUAAUUCCCAGAGAGUCAGUAUUUUGGGAGAGAGGAGUGCUAGUGCUACUACUGCUUUAUUGCUAGGCAAGUUCAGUGUUAGAUUAGAAGUACUAAAAUCCUAAACUUUAUGUAGUACUAGGGAAGUAUGUGGCUUGAAGGCAGCCUAUGAGGCAUUGAUGCUAACAAGGCUAAUAGCUCAGUUUGCCCAGAGAUCUUUUCCUACUUGCAGAACCUCCAUUGGACAUCUGGUGUGCAUUGUUAUCAUACUGCUGGCAAAUUCUCCAGCUGGCAAUUUUGAUUGGGCUGACAGACACAGCUGCUCUUCUUGGUUCACUUUUAAAUUAUGCUUGUGACCUUCCUUUAGGAGAGUUAAUCCUUCUUUUUCUUUUGAGCCUAUGGCUGCAAAUGUUUUCCAGAAAGUAAACCGCAAAUGUCAUGACCACUUAACUGCUAAUGCUUAAGAAACCAACUGCUCUUGUAAAAGAUGGAUUUCUGUGUUCUUGGGAGUUGAGACAAACUUAAAGAUGGCAUGUAGAACUAAGAGAGUGCUUUUUUGUAUAAAACAAGGUGCUGGUACUCAUAUAUUGAUAAAAGUGCUGAGUGUGCCAGCAGAAAAUAGAUGCGAAACACGAGAAAAAAAAGAAGACCUGGUAUCUUAAAAUAAUAUUUGGUGUUUGCUAAAAGACUGUUCUUUUCUAUAUGUUGCCUGCUUAGUAUGCAAUGCCUUUGGCAUUAGAUGUAGUGCAUCUGAAAGAAGCUCUAGGAACUUCUGUUUUUAAGAAAAUAGGCAACAGAUUGUGCUACAAGAUCUUGUUGAUGGAUUUCCCUUUUAUUUGGAGGUUUGCCUUCAAGAAUAGCACUUGCCAUCAUGAGGUGUUUUUCCAUGGGCCUGCUCUCUCUCUCUCUCUCUCUCUCUCUCUCUCUCUCUCUCUCUCUCUUUUGACCAACCACCUAACAAUAGAAGCACCAGACCCAGCAGUUUGUCCAUUGGCUGCGGUUAGUUUUUGGGUUGGCUUAAUAGAAGUAGACAGCAAGAGCAGCCUGGCUGUAAAUGGCUAAUGAUCAAGGUUUCGAUUAAAAAAUAGUAGCUCUCUGAGCUUGUAACCACUCUCUUUUCCAGCAACUGUAUUUAGUCUGUCUUAAAAUACACUUUUGAGGAGGAAGAUGGGAAAUGGUUGGUUGGGAGGAAGCAACCCAUUUGCCUGUGGAAAUGUUAUUUUGGGCUACAGUUCAGUACAACUCGCUUUCGUGCCAUUUCUGUCCUUCGGGGCAACGCUUCCUAAAAUUAGCGCUGUGUUUCUUUGAAAACAGCAUUGAAAUAGGCAUUUGGAGAAGUCUCAUUCAGAUCGUCUUGGAGAUUAUAGAGAGGCAUAAGUGAGUGCCUGAGGGAAGCGUUCGUGGUGCAGUUUCACUGUGGGUUCAUGUAUGGGUGGUAGGAAGGCAAGUGCUUAUUAUUGUGGGGUGGGCUCUUGUUCCUUUUGUUAAAUGCUCUACGCGGUUGCCAAUAGCAGAAAUGCAAUCCCUCACUGUACUUUUUUGUGUGCUUGAUGGUGGACCUCACUCAGCUUCACCUAAGCUUUAACACAGGGGUCAGCAAACUUUUUCAGCAGGAGGCCAGUCCACUGUCCCUCAGACCUUGUGGGGGGCUGGACUAUAUGGGGUGGGGGGAAUGAACGAAUUCCUAUGCCCCACAAAUAACCCAGAGAUGCAUUUUAAAGAAAAGCACACAUUCUACUCAUGUAAAAACACACUGGUUCCUUGACCGUCCACAGGCCGGAUUUACAAGGCGAUUGGGCCGGAUCCAGACCCUGGGCCUUAGUUUGCCUACCCGUGCUUUAACACCUCCAAUCUGAUCUGAUGAGCAGUAAGCUCCACUUGUUGCCUUAGUGCUUCUUUCCAAGCUUGUUUACGUAGGACUGUAGCAUAUAUGUGUGUUUAAACUGUAGCCCUCUUGUUUGUUUGGAAAUAUCAGAGAUUUCUAAAACACAAUUUUAAGGAAGUACAGUUGGGGCGCUUCCUCAAAGUUCUUGCCGUGUAGACUGCUACUGUUCAGGUUUCCAUCCACUCUGUUACGCAUAAUCCCAAUGCUACUUUUCUCCCCAUCUCCUCAAUAGUCAGCAUUGUGAGAACACUAUGGUUUACUUCUCAUUGGGCUGGGUUUCUUGUAAGGGGCAUCCCUCUUUAAAGGUGACUGGGGGGUGCGGCGCUCAUCAAGCUUCAGGGCGAGGGAGCUGGCGUUUUUUCGUAGACAGCUUUCUGGGUCAUGUGGCCAGCAUGACUGAACUGAUUCUGGCACAACGGAACACCAUGAUGAAAACAGAGCGCACGGAAACACCAUUUACCUUCCCGCCACAGCAGUACCUAUUUAUCUACUUGCACUGGCGUGCUUUUGAGUUCCUAGGUUGGCAGAAGCUGGGAGCUUACCCCGCUGCGCAGAUUUGAACCACCGACCUUCUGAUCAGCAAACCCAAGAGGCUCAGUAGUUUAGACCACAGGGCAACCUGCUCUUGAAUAUAUAUAUUCUGUGUGAAGCAGACUGAGGUGGUUCUUUCUCUUCCAUUUUUAUAUAGAUGGCAUAUAGCUAUCAUUUCCUGGUUGUCAUCAACAAGACUUUUAUUUUAGUUUUUAUUUCCCAGAGAGGGGAGAGAGCUCUCCAUCGACAUAAAUGUAGAUAUUAAAUAUAUCCAUCUUCCUCUUCCAGCACUAUACUCUCGCUCUCUCCUUCCCACCCAGUUAUCAGUUUUUAAAAUCUCUUACUCAGUAUUCCAGGCUACUAAGUUAUUAUAGGGCUGUAUGGUGGGAGAGUUCGGGAGGGAAAAUGAAUUGGCCCCUUUAGGGUUUUUUUAGCAUCUUAUGAUUACCACGACUCUGCCAAUCUAGCAGUGGUGUGGUUUGGGCUUAUAGUGACCCUAAAGUAUGAGUAUGAGAAGAGUCGAACUGGUACUGGUGCCCUUUUCCUUCUCCCUCCUCAAAAAAUACCUUGGUGCUUGUUGAAAAUCUAAAAACAUCAGAAGCCAUGGCUUUGAGGUAUUUCUUUUUUUAAUAUGCAAAGCAAGUGUUCUGAAAAGAGACAGUAAUUUUAUCAUGCUGUGGAAUAGAACAGCUUCUUGACAUAGUAACACCUGCCACCUGUAGCUAAUUGGCUGGUAUCCAAGUAACACUUUUGUAAAUGCAUGUUCUCCAGAGAUGUUAGGACUCUGAAAUUUUGAUACAGUCAGAGUUGGAAUAUAAUCGAGACUCAGGUGAUUUAUGUUUUUAGUCAGUCUAGUAUGAAGUCUAAAUUUUGAAUACUCAGUCAGUGAAGACACUCCAAAUCCAUCUACCAAUUUUAAACCUAUUCCUUACACUUUGAAUUUGUGCCGCGAAGCCUGAAUCAUCCCCUAGGCCUGGCUUCUAUAUUUUAUUGCCAAAUGUACAUCUCUCUCCCCCCCCCCCCCAUUUUCUAAUAAUGGUAGAUUUAAAUUUUGGUCCAAAGAAAAAUAAAAGCCAAACUCAUAAACAAAAAUCUGUAUGCUGCAGUUUUUUCAGUGGAUGUUGGUGUGACGACCCCCGCCCACCCUCCAAAAGGAUUUUGCAAAUCAAGUAUUUUAUAUCAUUGACCAAUUCAAUGAGCAGCUGUAGUAUGCAUUCAGAAGCCAGAUGUGGGUGGAAUUCCCACAUCUGUCAGGGCCCCAGUAGUGUUUUGUUGCCACCUCUCAGCAGAUAGUAAUUGCCAGUUUUCAGAAUGAAGCCUUGCAUCGCCUCCUGGUUCCCUUCCCUUGAUGGCUGCCAUCAAGUGUAUUAAGGGCUGAAGCCACUGUAUGUACACAUGGCGGUUAAACGGGUGGAGGCUGGGAUAUCAUUUAAUACUGCAUUUAAUACCCCUUUCUCUGGCUCUGCAAGGAGGAGAGGGACUGUGAGUGUGUUGCGCAAGCAGGUGUCUGUGUGCAAAUGGGAUACAACCGUUAUUCCUGCUUAGGUUUGAGAAUGCUAACUGGGCAAAAUCAUACUUUUCACAACUGUUAGUAAUGCCAUUUCUGCCAUAUGGCAGCAGAACUGCUGAAAUAUGCAUGUACCACUGUGUAAUGUGUUCAUGCAGUAUUCCUUUCUUAUAGCUUGCUUUCUGUAUGAACAUAUUGUUUCAAACUAUUUAUGGUGUCCAUAAAUUAGCUAAUACUCAUUUAUGAAAAACUUCAUUGUCUAAAAAUUAAAAGGUUCCUAUGUCCUUUUGUGGGGGGGGGGCACAUGUGUUCCUUUGAUUUCAAGAUUUGGAAUAUACCCUGUGACCCAGUUAUACUGUUAAAAUGAUUGUGACUGCCUUGAGACAUACUGGUGACUUGUUUUAUUGAAGCUUUAAAGCAAGCAAAAUGGAUUUUUCAUUUCAACACUGUCCCUUGCAAUUCUAUCAACUUGUUUUAUAAAAUGAAAACAUUAGUAUAAUAUAUUACUUUCUUCCAAGGAGCUCAUACACUGUUCUUUUCUCUCUCCCCACUGCUUCCCCCCAAUUCUCACAACAAUUUUCUGUGUGUAUGACUGGCCCAUGUCCAUCCCUUGAGCUUCAUGGAUGAGUGGAAAUUUGAACUUGGGUCCUAGACUUGAUUGAUUUUGAUUGAUUGAUUGAUUAUAUUUCUAUGCCGCUUUUCAUUCACAUGAAUCACAAAGCUCCUUACAAGCAAUAAAUAACAAUAACAUAAUAGAACAUCACAAAUGCAACACAAAUCAUACAGAAUGGUUAACAAAUCAUCAGUAAAACAGUUAGCAAUCUAUAAAACAAUAUUUUAAAAAAUUAAAAAAAUAGAGAAAAAUUACAACAAAAGUCAUAUUGUAGGAUUCAGAAAGUACUACAGCAUUUGUAAUCUAUAAAACAACAUUAACAAAAUAGCAACCAAAAAAUAAACUAAGCACUGUUGAAUUCAUACAGGCACUUUCCACACCUCCAUGACUCAUAAUCUUUCACUCGAUUCAGUCCCUUAAAAGACACAUACACACAAUGCCCAUGGCAGCAGCUCUAACCACGUUAAGAGUGCAGAUGUAAUAGUCAUAGUGUGAAUUUGGCCGGAAGCAGGCUGCGUGACUAGCUAGGGAUCUGUUGAGGAGAAUAUUUGCUGAGCACAGACCUGUCCUCAGUUCAGCAGACUUUUCUUGAAGGCAGAGCCAAACCUGUGUAACGUAGUAAUCAAUCCAGACCUAUUUCUGUGACGUCUUCCCUGGUAUAUAAUUUGGAUCUCUGAUUAUCUGGAGUGACUUUCCUUCUUACUCGCCCAUUAGCAGACCAUAAAUCUAAAGCCCAUUGAUGUAUUUUAUGCCCAUAUUUCCACCUCUCUCCAAGUCCCCUAUUUUCAGCACAGUGGAAGCCAGAAAAAUGCUACUGAAAAAAAACUGCAGUUUUCCAGGAACUGAGUAAUAUAUUCUCCAAAUGUUCAUUGUGUUGAGACAUUGUUAGAUUCCUUUCCAACAUUAAGUGGAAUGUCUGGUUGUAAAGGUUGCUCUAUGCCAGAGGUAACCAAGAUGGUCUCCUCUAGAUGUUGGAUCCCAUUCAGCAUGGCCAAUGGUUAGGGAUAAUGGGUGUUGACAUCACACUGGCUGCCACUUGUAUACAGUGUUAGGUGGACAGUUUGAUAUAUGCCAGUAACUCUUAGAACUCACAACAAGCCUUCUCAAAAAACUGUCUUGAUUCAUUCAUGAGUGCAUUCAUAGGAAGACAUCCUUUGAAACGUUAGCGCUGAAUCAUCCAUUUUAAAAAAAUAUUCCUUUUGUGCAAAAGUAUAUAUUAGUAAUGCGCUAUUGCUGAUAUCCCGCCUCCUGAACCUUCAUGUUUGCUGAUUUUUAACCAAAAGCAUCCUAGUUUGUGUGCGAGAAGAGGGAUUGAGUUGUUUAGUACUUCACAUAAGUGUGUCAUAGCAUGAAAGAAAAGUGUAAAGGGUGACUGACUGUUGUGCUAAAAUAGCAAAGCACAGUUAGCAUAUUAAAGUAUAUUUAAUAAACUUAUUCCCAUGGUGCAUGUGCACAUCUGUGUAUGCACACAACACACACACACACACACACACACACACACACACACACACAUUGUGCCAUUGUAAUGAUGAGUGUUAAAAUAGGAUUAUAUAUUUCUAAUACAAGUUAAGCAUUUACUAAAGCAUAAAUCAGUUUUAUGUACCUUAUUUAAUAAUCACGUAUCUUGGACAUGUUAGUUUUUGGUUACAGUGGUACCUCAGGUUACGAACUUAAUUCAUUCCGGAGGUCCGUUCUUAACCCAAAACCGUUCUUAACCUGAGGCGCGCUUUCGCUAAUGGGGCCUCCCGCUGCCACCACGCGAUUUCCGUUCUCAGCCUGGGACAAAGUUUGCAACCCGGAGCAACUACUUCCGGGUUGGUGGAGUUCGUAACCCGAAGCUUUUGUAGCUCAAAGUAGUUGUAACCUGAGGUACCACUGUUCCUGAGGCUUCAUGUUAAUGAAUGAUAAUUUUGUUAUCUAUUUUUGUUUUGUCUUUUGUCUAGUGGCUUUUUUAAAUCAACCUGAAGUCUCACCAAUUUCUCUCUUGUUUCCUGAUUUCUCACCAAUUUCUUUGCAGACCCACAUUUCAAGACUUCCCCCUGGAGCUGUGGCGGGGCAGUCAGUGGCCAUUGAAGGAGGAGUCUGUCGACUGGAGAGCUCAGCAAGCUGA